CCGGCAAGGGGGCGUGUCUUGUCGCCCCUCCAGUUCCCGGAAGUGAGAGGGAUGCUGAUGUUGGAAUAAACAUGGCGCUGCGGGGUGACGGCGGUUUCGGGGCCUCGGCUUUCCUCUUUGUUUUAUGGAGUUUGUUGUCGGUGACGGAGGUGUCCUGGGCUCGGCUUCACCAUCUCACUCUGAAGGUAACCGAGCGGGCAGGGGGGCAGGCUGGGGACACGGAGCGUGAAAGGGAAGCCAGCCAGAUGGGCCUGAGACUCACAGGUGACAGUAUGGGGGGGGGAGGGACACGUGAGUGCCAGCACAGCAUCCAUGGGGGACAACUCUGUACAGGGACCAGAGAGAGACAGCUAGGGGAGUGUGACCCCUCUCUGUACAGGGACCAGAGAGAGACAGCUAGGAGAGUGUGACCCCACUCUGUACAGGGACCAGAGAGAGAGACAGCUAGGAGAGUGUGACCCCUCUCUGUACAGGGACCAGAGAGAGACAGCUAGGAGAGUGUGACCCCACUCUGUACAGGGACCAGAGAGAGAGACAGCUAGGAGAGUGUGACCCCUCUCUGUACAGGGACCAGAGAGAGAGAGACAGCUAGGAGAGUGUGACCACUCUGUACAGGGACCAGAGAGAGAGACAGCUAGGAGAGUGUGACCGCUCUGUGUACAGGGACCAGAGAGAGACAGCUAGGGGAGUGUGACCACUCUGUGUACAGGGACCAGAGAGAGACAGCUAGGAGAGUGUGACCACUCUGUACAGGGACCAGACAGUAACAGCUAUGGGAGUGUGACCACUCUGUGUACAGGGACCAGACAGUAACAGCUAGGGGAGUGUGACCACUCUGUGUACUGGGACCAGACAGUAACAGCUAGGGGAGUGUGACCACUCUGUGUACUGGGACCAGACAGUAACAGCUAGGAGAGUGUGACCACUCUGUACAGGGACCAGAGAGAGACAGCUAGGAGAGUGUGACCACUCUUUGUACAGGGACCAGAGAGAGACAGCUAGGAGAGUGUGACCACUCUGUGUACAGGGACCAGAGAGAGACAGCUAGGAGAGUGUGACCACUCUGUACAGGGACCAGACAGUAACCGCUAUGGGAGUGUGACCACUCUGUGUCUAGGAGAGUGUGACCACUCUGUACAGGGACCAGACAGUAACCGCUAUGGGAGUGUGACCACUCUGUGUACAGGGACCCGCUAGGAGAGUGUGACCACUCUGUACAGGGACCAGACAGUAACCGCUAUGGGAGUGUGACCACUCUGUGUACAGGGACCAGAGAGAGACAGCUAGGAGAGUGUGACCACUCUGUACAGGGACCAGACAGUAACAGCUAUGGGAGUUUGACCACUCUGUGUAUAGGGACUAGAGAGUGACAGCUAGGAGAGAGCUAUGGGAGUGUGACCACCCUGUAUACAGGGACCAUACAGUGACAGCUAUGGGAGAGUGUGACCACUCUGUGUACAGGGACCAGACAGUGACAGCUAUGGGAGUGUGACCACUCUGUGUACAGGGACCAGACAGUGACAGCUAUGAGAGUGUGACCACUCUGUACAGGGAUCAGAGAGAGCUAUGGGAGUGUGAACACUCUGUGUACAGGGACUAGAGAGUGACAGCUAGGAGAGAACUAUGGGAGUGUGACCACCCUGUGCAUAGGGACCAUACAGUGACAGCUAUGGGAGUGUGGGACCAUUCUGAGUGCAGGGACCAUAUAGUGACAUUUUGACCACUCUGUGUACAGGGAGCAGACAGUAACAGCUAUGAGAGUGUGACCACUCUGUGUACAGGGACCAGACAGUGACAGCUAGGGGAGUUUGACCACUCUGUGUACAGGGACCAGACAGUGACUGCAAGGAGAAAACUAUGGGUGUGUGACCAGCCUGUGUACAGGGACCAGAGAGUGUCAGCAAGAGGAGUGUGACCACUCUGUGUACAGGGACCAGAGAGUGUCAGCUAGGUGAGUAUAACCACUCUGUACAGGGAUCAGAGAGAGACAGCUAGGAGAGAGCUAUGGGAGUGUGACCACUCUGUACAGGGAUCAGAGAGAGCUAUGGGAGUGUGAACACUCUGUGUACAGGGACUAGAGAGUGACAGCUAGGAGAGAACUAUUGGAGUGUGACCACCCUGUGCAUAGGGACCAUACAGUGACAGCUAUGGGAGUGUGGGACCAUUCUGAGUGCAGGGACCAUAUAGUGACAUUUUGACCACUCUGUGUACAGGGAGCAGACAGUGACCGCUAUGAGAGUGUGACCACUCUGUGUACAGGGACCAGACAGUAGCAGCUAUGGGAGUGUGACCACUCUGUGUACAGGGACCAGACAGUGACACCUAGGGGAGUGUGACCACUCUGUGUACAGGGACCAGACAGUGACACCUAGGGGAGUUUGACCACUCUGUGUACAGGGACCAGACAGUGACUGCAAGGAGAGAGCUACGGUAGCAUGAUCACCAUGUGUACAGGCACCAUAAAGUAACAGCAAGGGGAGUGUGACCACUCUGUGUACAGGGACCAGAGAGUGACAGCAAGGAGAAAACUAUGGGAGUGUGACCAACCUGUGUACAGGCGACAUAGAGUGACAGCAAGAGGGGAGCAUGAGACCACUCUGUGUACAGGAACCAGAUAGUGACAGCUAGGGGAGUGUGGCCACUCUGUGUAUAAGGUACAGCAGCUCCCUAAUUGGAGAGACAUGACUACAUUUUGUACAGCAUUAAAAGAAUAACGGUAGGUUCUGUAAGUCUGACACUUUGUAGAGAGUGUUGUGACAGCAACAUGUCAGUGUGCAUCAGAAUGAUAGUCAGCUGUGAGUAAGAUGAGCCUUUAUAAUCAGGCUAGAGAGUAAUGUUGGCAACCAGAUGGAAGAGAGACUGGGGAGGAAGUCACACAAGGGGUGAUUAGGGUGCAAAUUUGACUUUGAAGGCUCUACCUCUCUGCAUUGUAAGCUCUGUGAUGAAUGCACACCCACUGCAUUUGUCAUAUUUGUAGUUUGUCUUUUGCAUAGAUAGUUUACCUAAAAAUGUUAAAGCAAUAUUAAUUUCAACAAUAUAGCAAACACUGAAAGAAUUAAGCGCUAAAUUUAUCCUGGUAUUCAACAGCAGCAACAAACUUCUAAGGAUUCCUCUUCUUGGCAGUACUAAUGAUAAAUUCUCAUAAUGCGUUGGUGGUUGCACUUUAAACAGGUGAAUAUGUUAAAAUAAAAAAAGAGAGAGGGAGAUCCGAUUGGUGGAAUAUAACUGGGAAUUUGGGUAAAAUGAACGUGGAAAAUCACUUUUAUAGGAGCUUUUUAACCAGCUUCUAAUAAAUGUGCACCCUGGGAUAAUCAGGUGUUUUUCUUAGCAGGUCUGGCAUAACCCUACUUCUCCUUAUGUUUUAAUACUCUAUCUUCAGCAGAGUAUAAAAACAAAAAAAAUAGGAGCAGUAUAUAGUCUGUAGGAAAAAUCUAGGGAUGUUUACUAAUAUGCGGUAAUGCACUCCCAUUAAAAAGAGCCUUCUUUUGGCUCAAACAAAAACGCAUCGAGUGGUAUAAUCCCCACUUCUGGGUAAUGUUCAACCUGAUAUUCUCAGUGUUGUCAUGCAUGGCAAAUCAUAAAUUUAGUGAUCUUUUUGUGUUUUUUUUUGUUUUUGUUUUUUUUAAACCUAUUCGCUUGUUUGAAGCGCAGCCACCAACACAUUGUGACUAUUAAUUUCAACUAAAUGAAGAGUCCCAAUAACGUAAUUGUCUGUUACUUUGUAAUAAAAAUCAGCUUUUAGAUUUACAUCAUAUCUCCAAAUAUAUACAUUCACAGGCAUUAUCUUAUCUUUAAUUUAUUUGUGUCUGAGAACUUCUUUAUACUUCUUUCUAGGCUUCUUUUGUUCUGCUGAAAUACACGGUCUCACUCAAUUAAGACAUUCUCAUUAGAAAAGGCUUAUCGGUUUCUUCUAGCAGACUCUAAGAAUCAACAAUGAGGAGCCAUUUAUAGUUAAUCCAAUAAAUGUAAUUUGUGCAUUAACUGCUUUUGGUUUACACACUUUCCACCUUCACCACCCUUCAUUUAAUGGCAUGUUCUCUGUAUGUCAAGUUGAUUGUAUGCCGAUUAUGUUGAACAGCUCCGUCUGAUUUGUUGACUCUUAAUAAACAAUCAGAGUAAAUAUUUGCAUGUGAUAUCCUGGUAUGUAAUAACCAUUUCUUUUCCUAGGCUGACAUGCGGCAGAAGGUUCACCUCAACACUUUUGGCUUUUUUGAAAACGGUUCGAUGAGUGUAAAGGUUAACAGUCUCUCUACUGAUGGUUUUUCCAAACUGGACAACAGCACGGUAAUUGACCAGGAUUUCAACAUACCUCUUGGGGAAAUAUUUCUCAAACCCCUCGUCAACCGCUUGGUGACCACCAAUGACAUAGAGCUUGACACAGUGGGAUAAACUAAAACUUCUUCAUAACUUUCUCAAAAAGGGAACCGUCACUUCCGAUUAAUUGUCAUAUUAUAUAUAAUUAUCUUUAUAUUUACAGGGUUACUCAAAGCACCAUUACUGCUUUGUUGAUUUUAAAUGGUCAUGAAGAUUGGAGUCUGUAUGUGCAGUGUUUGGUAUGAAAUGCAGCACAUACUGAGUUUAACAUUUUUGCUGAGGGAGGUGUAACUCCGCCUCCAGUGGCAUCAUAAGCCAGGCUGAAAUAAGGGUUCCUGGUUAGUUGUUGUCAAUUCUGUGCAUAUUUCCAUGCGCAGAAUGUCAUUCAUUGGCUGAGAGCGAUCAGCUGACACUCCCACCCAAUGAAUGACAGUGGGAUCAGCAUUAUGGUUUUGCAACUCUACAGAAGCUGAAUGUCAUUCAGCCAGCAUGGAACCAAAGCAAAACAGUUUGCCCCAUUGCCCAGGGAAUGGUGCCAUGGGAAUUCCUUGCAUCAUAACCAUUAGUGGUUAUGAUGCGUGGAGUAAACCUUUAACAAGUAUGUAUUUGUGAUAUGUGUAAAAUAAGAUUUAAAUAUAGAAAUUCACACGUUGAUCUUGAAUCAAUUGGUGCCUCCAAUUUAGUUCCGUGUCGAUUAUUAUGAGCUUUGUCCUUUGAUUCUGGCAAUCAACAUGGAAAAAACAUGUUUCUAUUUCCUCUUCUUGUUUGCAUGGCUUUGCCAUGUCUGCAUGGCUUUACCAUGUCUGAACGGAAUUAUUGGGUAAUUUGCUAAAUAUUUUUAGUAUAAAUUGGAAGGAACGUGGAGAAUCGCAUAAAAGAUUUUAGGUGAUUUCAGUGUUUGAUUCAAUGGUGUCAGUUCUAAAGAUGUGACAGGUCCUUUUAAAGCGUACUUGCAAUGUUGGGCACAAGUGUAUGUAGUUGUGUAUUAUUGUUUAAUUCUUUAUUUAUGUAGUUUUUUUUUUUAAUUUUUGUUUGUCAAGAUAAGGGAUUACAGAAUAAAGAAUAUAUCAAUACAGUCAAGUGGUGGCAAAGUACAUCCUAUGGCAUUCAUGCAUACAUAAAAUUAUUCUGGUUCCUCAGCAUUGGUAACAGUCUGUUGGUAUUCGUAGUCUCAGUGUACCAGUAGAUAUAAUUCCUGGAUUGUGGGUGGGGGGGGUAACAGAGAGAGAAGCUGCGAGCACCAUCUACUCUCCUUUAUUAUUGCAAGCCCAGGGGAGAGCAUGCCCCAACCUACCUAUCCUCCCUAAUACACAAGUAUGUCCUGUCAAGGCCCCUGCACUCUGCCGAAGACCUUCGUCUAUCCUCUGUCCGUACUCCCACAUCUGAUGCUCGCCUCCAAGAUUUCUCCAGGGCUGCACCUUUUCUGUGGAACUCCCUUCCCUUCUCCGUUAGACUUUCACCCAGUCUCCACUCAUUCUUCAAAAAAUCUUUGAAAACACACUUCUUCAGGAAAGCAUAUAAUUUAAACUGUUAGUGGAUUUUCAUUCUCCCCUUCCCCAUGACUCCUCUCCUGCAAAUGUCAAAAAUAACAUAAGUUCCCAGUGAAUAGUUUUUCUAGCAAGCCAUAAGCAUUUCUAAAGAGAUGGGUUUUAAGGCACUUCUUAAAUGAUUGAAGACUAGUUGAGAGUCUGGCGGUAGGCAGGCUAUUUCAAGGAAGGGAGCCGCCCGCAAGAAGUCCUGCAAGCGUGAGUUGGCCAUACGGGUUCGUGCAGCGGAGAGGAGAAGGGGCAUACCUAUGGAUGGGCUAGAAAUAGGAUGUGCUAGAAUUGUGUAGGAAACAGGAAGCCAAUGUAAACACUGACAGAGGUGUGAGAGGAAAAUCAGUCUGGCGGCAGCAUUCAUUAGACUGUAGCGGGGCAAUGCUGCUUUUGGGAAGACCAAUAAGGAGAGGGUUACAAUAAUCCAUGCAAGAGAUUAGUAAAGCAUGGACAAGCUCCUUAGUAGCAUCUUGCGUAAGAAAUGGGCAGAUGUGGGUAUGUUUUUAAGAUGGAAUCUACAAGAUUUGGUAACAUACUGGAUGUGAGGCUAGAAGAAUAAUUUAGAUUUAGCUGCGAUUCGGUUUUUCGUAACUUUGAGCAGUCUCAGUAGAGUGGAGGGGCAGAGGACAGAUUGAAGAGAGUUGGAAUUGAGGAAGUGAAACAUAUGGGUAAAGACAAGUCUUUCCAGAAGCUUUGAGGAAAAAUGGAGCAGGGAUAUGGGACAAUAGUGAGAGGGGGAGGAUGGGUCAAGAGAUUUUUUUUUUUUGGGGGUUUUCCAGGAUGGACAUUACUGUGUCUGUCAGCAGGGACAACGCCAGAGGAGAGACAGUAGUUGAAAAUGUGUGUUAAGGAAGGCACAAGACAAGGGGAGAGAAAUCUGAUAAGGUGAGAUGGGACAGGAUCAAGCAUGGCAAGUGGAAAGGGGAAGCACAGCCAGGGAGAAUAUCUGAAGGGUAGGAAAGGCAUGAACUACGUGUGGUUGAGAGAGAGGUAGGGUGGGGAGAAUUUUUUCCUUAGCUGUUUAAUCUUGUCGGUAAAGUAGCAUGCAAAGCUAUCUGCUGUAAGGUUAGUUUGAGGGAUGGCAACAGCAUGGCGAAGAAGAGAGUUAAAGGUAUUAAAGAGACACCUGGGAUUGCGAGAGCAUGAGAUAAUGAGAGAGGAAAAGUAUGACUGUUUGGUGAGGGCAAGGGCUGCACUGUAUGAACACACUAAAUCUAUAAUAGAGAAAGUCUGACUGAGUGCGAGACUUCCUCUAGGAGCGUUCAGUUCAACAGGAGCAUCUUUGCAGGUAGCGUGUUAAUUUAGUACGCCGCGGUUGAGGGUGUAUCCUCCUCGAGGUGCAUGUUUUGAGCGAGCUGCAGUGGUCAAGGCAGAGGUAAGGGUAGUGUAGAGAUGCACUGAAUCAAUGCAUCUCUAUGAGGAAAGUUCAGUGUCUCCAUGCAGAGGAUGGAGACACUGAAUGUCAGUCACACUCUGCAGCACUAGCCCAGGAAGAACCCCUUGCAGCCAUCUUCGGAAUGGCUACUGGAGGUGUCCCUAGGCUGUAAUCUUUGAACACUGCCUUUUCUCUGAAAAGGCAGUGUUUAUUGCAAAAAACCUGCAGGGACUGACUACAUUGACCAGAACAACUUCAUUAAGCUGUAGUUGUUCUGGUGACUAUAGUGUUGCUUUAAUUGACACAACAGUAGGAGAACCAUCCUAGAGGCGGUUCUCUAGCAACUGGAACACAAGCAUUUGUUGGACUGGUUAUAGGAAAAUUAAGAUGUCACACUGUUCAGAUGCCAGUAUGCUGGCAAUGACGCCAUCUUCACAACAUCAUUGUCCUGCUUGAGGAAGUGUUCACAAGUAAUGCCAAUUAAAUCCGAGCGUGGACAAGAGGUAAGCGAGACUCAGGGUAUUACAAUAGUUCCAUUCAUGGCAGCACUGAUUGAUGGACCAAAUAUUAGUUAAUUUAUCUCAGAAUGCCAACUGAAUAUAUCUUUAUAUUAUAUAUCUUUAUCUCUCUGAGAAAAAUUUAUUCAUUGGAUCUCAAGACUAGUUGAAAUUCAGUUACAAAGCAACAGCUCACCAACAAAAGCAUGUUCUUGAAGGAAGGAUGUUUGGAAAUUUUAAUUUAAUUCUUUUUUUAAAUUCUUUAUUUGUAUUGUCGAGUGGUAACAAACGGUGGGGGUUAAAGUCGGCUCGAUCUGUCAGUCGAUCUGAAUGUGGGAUCUCACUCUUGUGGUGUGCUGAAUAAUACAAAAAUACUAAGUUAGCUAAACUCUAUAAAACAUCAAACUUUACGUUAACCCUACAGUUCUAAAGAGCGUUGUAAGGCUGCAUUAGGUGAUGGUUGUUAGUCCCAAUGUCCUCAUCAGAUAGUGGCCGCUGCAUAUUCUCCUGUAGUUAUCCUGCGAGGGGUGAAAGGGAUUGCAAUGUCUGGAUUCCUCUGGUGCUGCGUCCUGGCUGGCGUCCCGUCCCCGGGAGUUGUCAGGGCAUUUGGAGGAAAGUUGAGUGUGGGCCGUAAGGCUGCUGCUACCGAGAGGUUGUGGAUCAGAUGCUUGGUCUCACCCUGUUUGAUCAUUAGGGCGCGGGUUAGUCGCCACUGGUAUAUCUUCUGCUGUCACAAUAGGGUGGUAAAUGGCUGCCAGUAAUUUGUUCAUUUUAUGUUUGUUUUAAAGUUCAUAUGUUUAUUUUCCUUGCUUUUUGCUCCAGCCUUUCAUUUGUAACAUUUUAUUUUGUUUGUCAUUUUAAAACUGUCUUGUCCAUGCAACUACCGUUGCUUAUUGGGUCUAAAAUGCCUGUCAUCCUGUUGCUAAAAAGGCUUCAAUAUUCAAAAUCUUAAUUUUUACAUACAAAUUGAACUUGCCUCAGUGUGCUAUUUGGAAUAAAAGCAAUUUAUAUUCUAGUAUCAUUGGCCCUUGCAAACUAUGAACUUGUCUUUUAAAGGACCACUAAAGUCAACCAUACCACUUCGUCACAGUGAAGUGGGUCUGGGUGCUGUGUCCUUGUCCUUUUAACCCUUUAAUGUAAAACACUGCAGUUUUUUAGAAACUGCAAUGUUAGCAUUGCAGCAUUAAAACCACCACUAGAGGCACUUCCACAGCACUGAUAAAGUAAAAUUUGAACAUGGAAUAGCCCAUAGGAAAGCAUAGAAAUACUCUGAUGCGUGAGUGGCACUUGCCACACAUGUGAUUCAGGCCGUUGAUUCUCCCCUAUGAGGAGCAUUGGAUUGAAUCAAUGAUAGGGGGAGUCCUAGGGGUCUGAUUUUAUGAUCUCACUUUUAUCAUCCUUUUUGUUUAUACCCUUAGUUUGGAUUCAGUCUGGACCGAACCAAGAACGAUGGCUUUUCUACAUACCUGGUAAGAUUGGGGACAUAACUAAUUAUGUGAUGAUGAAUUUUUUUUUUUUUUUUUUGUUCCAGGAGAAAUGUCUAGCACAACAGAGUCCUGUAGGGAGGCAUCAACUAAUUUUGUAUUCACAGGAAAAGUUUGUAAUAUAAAAUAACUUUUAUAUUUUGUUGGUAUGCUAGAUAAACUGCCAUUACACUUCCAGAUUGCAUUAGCAGAAUCUUUUUUUUUUUUUUUGGAGGAGGACAUUCAUUGAGUUUGCCAGCUGACAUUCCUCAAGCAAUUAAUAAUGUCCAGAGUGUGUAUGCUAAUGCAGAAGUGUGAACGUCCGCUUUAGCAUUUCACUGCCAUGGGCCUCCUACAGAGCCAUGUAAGUGUCAAACUGUUAAUGAACGAUGGCAGCCUACCACAGGCUGGCACAAUAGGGACUACAGCAUGCUAAAGUAGUUACAGUGUGUUUUUCUUUUCUUUUUUUAUUUUUUUUUUUUUUUUUUUAUUUAUAUGACAGGGAAUGACAGAAAUCCCUGACGUUUUAAAUAAGGAUCCCUCCAAGUGUGAGUUGUGGACGGUGGCGUCCAGCAGACCUCCUCGCUUUUAGUAUCUUUGUGUUGGUUUACCUAGCUGCCUGUAGCCUGGCAUGUCUCUUUGGGUGAGUUGGUGUUGCUGCAGCUGUUGCCUUAGAUCUCCCCCUUCGGCUGUUAUGACGUGGAGUUGUUGCCUCAGGACCUUCCGCCACUUCCCAGUAGGAGCCAGGGCUUGUGCGUUCGCCGAGGAGCGUGAGGCAACCUGUGUGGUUGCUGAGUGGAGGUUACCCUCCCGUGGGCCUCCGGACUAUUAGGUAUGGGCUUUUUCUGUCGCUGUACCUCAGGAGCGGAGCAGUCAGCCACAGGGGGUGAGUAGCAUUGCUUGUUGGCGCUCGUUAUUCUCUCCUCAAACUUGCGCCAAAAGUCUAUAAAGAUUGCAUCCAGCCUUGUGAGAGUGGAUUCCCUCAGGCGUUGUGCCCACCAUCUUAACUCCCGCAGAUUCGGCCAGCAGGGACAUGUGCUGGGUCGCAGGGCAUGUAAGUAGGGUGUGAUUGCUGGGUCUGGGAUAACCCACACUGGCUUUGUCUUUUACUUGCAUUACCGUAGGCUUUCCUUAAACCCCAGGAGGUCUGGAAACAUAGAUACCCAGCCCACAUCCAUACUCAGGGCUGUGCUAAACUUGUAAAGACAAACCCUCUGACUAAGAGAUCCCACAGUAUUUUCUUUUCAAGCUUUGAGUGCCAUCAACAACAGAUAGUCUACCUGUCCUGCCAACUCAACUACGAUUCAGUGGACUGGAAACAGGGAUUAAUUUUUCAUUGUGCUGGCCGUACAUCUAUGUGUAUUGUAAAUGGCUAUGUUGUCUUAGAUGCUAGCCUGUAUAAGCCUUUUUUUUUUUUUCUCACCACCUCCCGCACACCCAGGUUCCCCCUAAAUAUAUAGCAUGCUCCUUCAGCUGUUUGGGAUUCUCACUCAAUUACCUCUUCACACCCUUUAUAUUUUACCAAUAGUUGAUUCUCUCUUUUAACUCUUUUAGCCAUCACGUACAAAUUUCCCCUGUUACCUCUUGUCUCAAAUCCCCACUGUAUCUUUUAGAUUGUAAGCUCACAGGCUAUUUAGCUAAGCACUUUGUAUAAAGAGCUCUAAUGGCUAGUUAUCAGCUUACAGACAGGGCUUGUUUUCAAAGAUUCUCCAAUAAGACUUCUGUUACCUUGGCUAUUUUGGCCUGUCGUUUGCAAUUCGGUUAAUAGUUUACAACAAUUCUGUUUUCAGUAAAUAAACCCAUAUGGAGUGAAUUUUAGGCAUGAAUUGGGCUGUAACAUCAAAAGACACUUUAAAAAAAACAACAACAAAAAACAAUAAAUGGGAAAAAAUGUUUGUACCUCUUCCUGCUUCUGCGGUGCGUGUACCACAAUUAAGAAUACAUUAAGCUCGGUUGCCACUUGGUAAUCUGAGCAUUCUGAAAUGAAGCCGCAUACAUUGCGCAUGCACGCACAUAUUGCUGCAUAGACAUGGAAGCAAAUUUCAGAUAAAUGUGUUUUUAUGAAUUUAGUUGCUCUCGAUAUUGUCCGCAUCAUGUAUAGGUUCAACUCCAUUCUUCACUUAAUGGACUCCUUGUCAUCCGUAUAUUUGUGACUGAGUUACCUUUAAAAAAGCAACUUCUUUAAAGGGUUUGUUUUUUUUAUCUUGUCAUUCGAAGGUAACUUGAGUGCUUUAAACUUUGUGAAGAGUAACCUCUAAAAAAAAAACAUGUUAAAACAUGGACAUUGGGGGCGGAGCUAAGCACUGAAAGAGAAUGGACGUGUAUGCACAUCGCUCUGGGCCAAAACGCAAUAAAUCCAAAUCCCCCAACGGAAUUUCACCCCAAAACAUAGCCCUGACCAACAUGGGGCGAAAGCUUAAGAAGCAGAAACCCGACAAACCCAGGCCGGGAAUGAACAUCGGAGAAAUGCUCCGUCAAGCUCGCGGAGCGCUAGGGCCCAAAAUGGCGGUCGACAUCUCUGACUACUCAGACUCCUCGGAUGACUUCUCGCUGAGUCUGAGCAACACUGCAAUACCGGCCCCGGCUCACCCACAACCAGUCCCUCGGAGUGCUGACUCGACACCGGUGACAGAGGCAGCCCUGCGGGAGAUGCUCACUGACCUGAAGACAAUGAUCCAGGCGGACGUGGCCUCCCUCCGGGCAGAUCUCACAGGCCUCGUGGGCAGGCUGGGGGCUGUGGAAGCAUCGUCUGACACACACACUCCCGAAAGAUCGCGGCCCUCAAACAAGAGGUCCUGGCCCUCAAAAAGCAACAGGCCGCCACGGACCUGCACUUCACAGACCUUGAAGACAAGAGACGUAGCAAGAACCUUAAGCUACGAAGAGUGCCCGAAGACAUACCAGAGGCGGAAAUCCCUCAUUUCCUGCGGAGACUAAUGGCAUCCCUAGUCACGCCACGACAGGCCAAAAACAUAGCCUUCACAGGAGUGUUUCGCAUACCCAAACCUCGGAAGGCGCCGACCUCAGCACCCAGGGACCUGGUGGUUCAAUUUCAAACCGUUAGAGAGAAAACGGCAGUCCAGGCUGCUAUACAAGGGACUCCCACUUACAAAUUUGAGAACCUGGAUCUAUCUUUCUAUGCAGAUAUGUCUGGCAACACACUGCAAUGGCGGAGAUCCCUGCAGCCUCUUACCACCCUUCUACAGGACCAUAAUAUCCAGUACCGGUGGCGCCCUUCGCAGACCCUGCUGAUUCUCCACGGGGACACCCUGCACCACGUCCACACUCUACAGGAUGCCGCUGCUCUACUGGGGACCCUGGGCCUCCCACAGACCACCCUGCAGUUACAAACACCUCACCCUGCUAAACCGGCCACACAAGCUUGGAACCCUACAACAGCCACCACUUUCGUCCCUCGGAAGACCGCACCGAACACACAAGUGACUGACGCAACAUGAGGCCUCUGACCAAGUACCGGGACUCACACCUCAUGAUUCCAUGUAACACCAUGGACCGAGACUGUAUGUAGUUCAACUGUUUUACUCAACCGACUAUAUAUUACUUUCUUUCUUUUUUUUUUCUCUUCUAGUAUUACCCCUUUGGCCCACAUGUCGCAUUACCUCAAGGGAUGACAGCACAGGGACAUGACACUACCCGCACCACUCAUUAGUGGACCAAACCACAGGGAGGCAUCUACUACUUCUCCCUCCCCCCACCCCCCCCCCAGCUCAGGGAUACAGAGCGCUUCAUACAGCAUGCAUAGAUAGGCAUGUCCUCUAGACACCUCCAACACCUUACGCACCUGACUCACCUUUAUAGCGUUAAAAUGCCAACGUUAUAUAUGCUAGCUACAUCCACUGUAUAGAUCUGGCGUGGGUUCGGCACCUAGGGUGGACUGGCUGCAUGUGUCCUACGCCAGUUUUAGACUUCACCGGGAUGCCUGUUGCCUCUACCUGCACGGCUGUCAUGCCCAACCCCUGAUUGACAAGGACUAUUUCUACCUCAGAUGAGCACAGUUUUCAUUGAUGUUUUUGUAAAAAAUGUAGAUGAAUGGAUGUUAAUGUAGACUCUUUCUUAAUUUCUUCUUGUCUUCAGUUGAUUGAUAUAUAUACGUCUUUUGUAUAUAUAUAUUCUUGGGCCAAAUGCUCGCCACAAUAAUAUAUGUCUAUAUUAUUGAAAAGUAGUAAUACGCAAUCUGACUUACGGUUUCUUCAGGUUUAUUCUUAGUUACGGAUACAUAAAACAUAAUAUAGGAUGUUACAGGAUAAUGGACAUUUAACAGCAGAUGGUAAUUGCUGUACUUCUGAUGGGAGAGUUACAUCGUUGUACAGAGCCAAGACUCAAGCCAAGACUGAGAGACCUCGUGUCCCUCUGUUAUUAUAUAGAAGUGCUAAUACUAACGUCAGCAUAUAACUCUAGCCAUAUAAGGACAAGACCCCCGAAUCCACAUUCCAGAGCUCUCGGACAAAGAAAGCCUUGUGACUUAUUGAUACCAUCUGUUACUUAUGUCAAUCCACACAUCCAUAUAUAUAAUCAAUAGAAACAUAGAAUAUGCAAUAUUCUACAGUUUUUUAUUCUGCACAUAUCGAUAUUUUUCAUGUAUCUGACUCACUCGCAGUUUUGCUCUAGGUGCAAUGCCAGAACGUAGGUUAAUUACUGACUCCAAUGCCCAGUAUCUUAUUUGCCAAGAGAGUUUAGUGCUUUUAUCCUACCAGUAGGUUAGACUACUCAGUAUAUGCUAUGUGAUCACCCUCAAGACCGGCACCUGAUAAGCAUGAUUUAUAAUAGAUACAGGCAAUACAUGUUAGACUCUACUUAUGGCAAAUAAUUCAUUUGCGUUACCAGUAUAAGUCAUACUACAUAAUCUCGUUUAGCCCACAUACUAGUCACGUAAAUUACUUUGUCUGGUGGAUAUAGUUGGUUUCAGCCUACGCAGUAUGCAAGUUAUCAUGGCCUCCGCUAACCAAGCAACACACGCGCUGAUUUUACUGCCUAACUUGCUACCCUACCGCACAUCACGCAAGGCGCACAGAGCACAACACAAAUACAUUGUUAAUACAUCUGAGCCCUGGUUAUCUAACCAUACUGUCUCCCAUCAGAAGUUAACUCUAAGGCACCUAUCGUAUGCACCCGCCUAAUCCAAGCCGACACUCUAGUCUACCUUUACCUGGACUACCUUUCAUUAUAGAAAAAAUGCUGAUAAGCUAUUGUUCUUCCUCAUUAAUAUAAAAUGUGCACUGUUCUCCAUGUCACAUAACUGUUAUAAUCCAUUUGAUGUUAUGCAUGUACCAGCCGCUGUGACGGCGCAAUCUUGUUUGCCUAACCUAUGCACGAAUAAAAUAAAGAAUAUAAAAAUAAAAAAAUGGACACUGUGCACUGCUCAAUAAAAUAGAUUUAAAUCACGCUGAGCCACAUACAUGAUACAGCCACAGUAUUUUAAUAGCUCAUUACAUAAUUACUCAAAACCUAAAUCUGCUGAGAAUUGGAAAAACGUAUACUAAAAUAACCAGAGUUGGAGAAUAUUGGUAGUAAUGCGAAUUUAGAGGGUUUAUUCACUAGUGUGAAUUGUCAGUGAAUCAAAGUAAAUUUCAGGUUUUAGGCCAAAAUAGCCAAAUUUAAAAACAUGACUGACUUUUUCUACUUACCUUUUUUUUCUUUUAAUUCCUGACAAAUAAGGCUUUAAUAAAUAAACUUGUGUAUGCUUUCAGUUUACCAUAAAUCUAAUUCUAAAUCCUGUAAAAGUCUUGAGCUAAUUGGGAUCCCAAUGCUUCUUAUUAAAAAAUUUCAACUAUUGAUUUGAGACUUGUCUUUUUAGGAAGGAAAUGUAGAUUUAUUUUUUUCCGUCUCUGAUUAUAAUAAUUUAUAAUAUAAUUUAUUUAUUUGUCUAUCUCCGCAAUUGGCAACCUUCGGCACUCCAGAUUUGUGGAGUGGACUACAUCUUCACUGAUGCUUUGCCAGCAUUAUGACUGCAAGAGCAUUAUGGGAGAUGAAGUCCACAACAUUUGGCAUGCGGAAGGCGGCCCAACCGUGGUCUAGCUCAUUAAUUUCUACAUAACUUCUUUAGGCAUAAAUAUCCCUAAGGCAUUUUUCUUAACAUUGUUUUCUCUGGUUUUUUCCUUUUUUUUUUUUUAAUUUAUUUAUUUAUUUAUUUUUAUAGGACCAGGAAUUGCGUGAAUGCAUAUUAAAAGGCAUACCAUCUAGCGUUUCCAUUACACUCCUUAAACUGGAUUUCACAAAAAAACGGUGCGUAGCCUUUAGAUCCUUUAGUGCCAUUAUCGUUCUUUAGUCUAUUGCCAGUUACCGGUCAUUCAAGACUCAGUUUUAAUGUUUACUUAUUCCAUAUAUUUAGCAAAUGUGUAUUGAUAGGUGAAAAAAAAUUUUAAAAAUCCACCUCUCUAUAUACUGCAACUGGGUCCCUCCAUCUUAGACCCCUGGCAUUCAUUGUUAUAAUCUGUGUUCUUUGCACCUGACAGUCAGAAUAGAGAAAGCAUACAGAGAAGCGGAGAAAUUAAACCUUAGGCGUUAAGGGUAAAAAAUGUCACAUGCUGAAAAAUGUCUAUAUCGCAAAAGGCAACAAGUGGAACCAGCUGGAACUUUGCAUAAGUGACUGCCUCUUUUCCAUGUUAGAGGCACUUUUCGGAACAGACUCUGUAACAGAGCUUCCGUGCUCAGACCAAGUACCUCUGACGUUUCAUCUCCCUCCGUUGUUAUCGGAUGGAUGCGAUAACUUGCAAAUCCCAUUGCAGUCACUGCAGAUUAAACAUUGUUUGUUUCCUAAUGCAGUCUUCGCAGAAGAGAGUAUAGCUCUUUCCUCCAAACCAACUGGCCGAGGCUUAAAAUGAACCUGUCAUGCCCCAAACCACUUAUGCUCUUUAGAUGGAGCAUAAGAUGGUAUUAGUACAUUCUGCUAGCAGUUUUUGUAGCAAAUGUAUAGAUUAGGAGAAAAACCUAUUUAAAAAUAGUUUUGUUUUUCUCCCAACUGUCAUGUAGAAGCAUUGCCCAACAAGUGAGAGCAAAAAAGACCUCCCACAGGAGGUUCCUCUGGUCUCCACCCAUAGCAACAGUACAUGAUAUGUUGUUUCUAUGGAAACUCCCUGGCUAGGAAGUUUAGGAAGGGAGUGACGUGACAUCACAUGACUGCACUGAAGCCAGUGUGCCCACGUCACUGUUGAGCAUUGCUCUGCUUGGGGAUGCAUCCCAAGAAGGGAAAAUCAAAAAACUCCAGGAGCAGCACAAGCAGAGGAUUGCCAGGAGGUGGGCUUUACACGAAAAAAACUUAACUUGAGUAAACCUUUUGUAUUUUACAUUAUAUACAUUAUGUAUCCUUGUGAUAUAUGGUCCAUUCAAUGCAUAUGAAAGCAAUUUCAGGUAAGUAAAAUUUUCCAUAACAGGUUCACUUUAAUGUAGGGAUAGAACAGAACUGCUUUAUUGAGCACACACCACAUACAUUUAUAUUACCUCAGAUGUGGAUUCACCUUCAGGGGGUAAUCCAUAUAGUACCAUGUAAACCAAUUCAAUCCUCUCCCUGGUGCCUCUCUGUCUGUCUGGGCUGACACUGAUUAAUGAAACCAUUCCAGGGUUAAUGCUGUUUUCCCCCCUGCUGUGUCCUUCCCAGACAGCCACCAGGGAAUCCAAGCCCCAAAACUCCCUUUCCCAAUGUAGCAUCUCUACAUCCCUGGGUAUCUCGUCCCCUGAGUCACCAUCUGUCCAUACUGGAGGUACCCAGCCCAAGCUACAAUACUUUAACGUUCCACCGGAUUGUGGCUAUCCUCUGAUCUGGUGCAGAGUUCCACACGGUUUCGUGGUUGCUCCUGGUCUGGUUUUGAGUAGUUCCUGGAAUCCUUAGGAAUCUAGCGCCAAUAACUCCCGGGUAUCCUCUGGUGCUUCCUCACAUCACUGACAUCCUCUCUAAACAUUCUAAAUGGGAUCUUGGGGUGGUCCCUGUCCGGGAGACAAACUGAACCCGUUCGUAGGAGCUCUCCAGAACGGGGAGCAGGUGGCUUUACAAGUACAACGAAUGAAACACCGGGUCAAGAUAGGGAAAAUACAGGGUAAUCUGGUCAGUGCACAGUUUAGCAGGGGUUCCGCUACACACACCAUAAUUAUGUUGUAGAUUAAUUUUUAUUUUGGGUGGCUGUGAACAUUAAAUCUUUUUUACUUUUACCAUGUAUAGCAUUUUUGUAAAGAAUGCUGGUGCUGCCAGUCUGCCAAAGAUCAUAAUUGUACCUCCAGUGGAAAAAAGCACAGUGGCACCAACAAAAGACAUUCCCUCUAAGAUUACGGCGGCUCCUCCGAAACCGGAAAGGAAACGCAGAGAUACAGGUAAUAAGACACUGUUUCUGUGAUUUUAAAGAAAAAGUGUACAUGUCAUUGAAAAAUUAUACUGUGACUUUUAUUAUCAUUCAUCAAAACAUUACACUAUUUAAAUUGUCUAUAUAAUAAUAAUCUCUGCAAAGACCAAUAUGGAACAAGCUAUAAAAAAAAGUCUUUUUGUAAUUAAAUUAAAGAAUGUUUGUUUUUGUAUAUAGGAACACCUAUAUGAGUUGGAGCAUCACCUACUCUGCUUUAUCAAGUACUCACAUUUACCCUGCUCAUCGUUGUACUCACAUCAGCAUACUGUCCGGGUGUGAUCUGUCAAACCGUUUUAGCACAAUUUGAUACUCACCUGGUCCUGCUAGGGUGCCUGUGCUGUAUCUGGUCAUCUCAGAGCUGGAGAAGCCAGAUAUCUGUUUUGUUCUAUAGGUCUCUUUCUGCUCAUUCACUAGGUGAGGGUACGCAGCUGAUGUGCCCAGAAAAUAAAUGUAUACCUACAUCAAAAUCAGUUCUCCAGUAGACCAGAUGCAGUGCAGGCAACUGGUGGCAAAUGUCAAACUAUGCUAAAAUAGUUUGAAAGAUUGUUCUGAGACAGUGCCAGCACACUCUUGUCACCAUAACCACUGCAAUGGACUCUAGUGGUUAUGGUGCUUGGAGUGUUCCUUUAAUGAUUAAAAAUCUUUUUUCAAACCCUAGUCUUUCAUGCCAAGUGUCAGUUUGAACAAGCAAUUCAUGUUUCAUGGGAUAGGCAUAUAAAUCUCCCUCUCUUUAUUCCAUGUAGAUAUUGCUAAUAAGGAUAAACAUGAAAAACAAGAUGACGAACCGGAAACGAACAAGCAGAAAGAUGACAAACCAGAAACGAACAAGCAGAAAGAUGACAAACCAGAAACGAACAAGCAGAAAGAUGACAAACCAGAAACUGACAAGCAGAAAGAUGACAAACAGAAAACCGUAAAAGAAAAAAAGAAUGAAAGUAAAGUUAAAAUCCAGGUAAGAGAAUGGCUGACAAAAUGCAAGCUUUCCUACGGUUGCCACCAUGGGAGAGCUCAGUAAGUAAUUGAAUAGACCUUUCUCGAAUUUUAACAGAACAUACAAUAGCCAGCUCCCUGCCCGGUCUGCAUAGACACCUCAGACUGACCACAAAUCUCGAUUUUAUUUUAAGCUAGGUCUAGGAGACAAAAUUUUUUUACUUCUUUAUACAAAACAGAAAUUGCAUGUCUUUCGAAACGUUCUUGAUCCUGCACAAAUAUUCGUCAAGGAGAUCUUCAAUACAGUUUUUGCUGUAAUUUGUGACAAGUACUGUUCUAUGCCUGACUGUCCAACUUUUUCUAAAACUAAAAAAUGUUGAGAAAAAAAAAUCAAUUUGUACAAUAUUUGUAAGAAUAUAUUCCAAUCUGGUAAUGGUUACUAGAGUAUUUCUGGCUCUGGAUGAGUUCCAAAAACAGUGAGGAACACCCUCAUCACAAAGGGACAGAUGCAACCCUUCUUCCCCCAUGGUGUUCUAUAUAUCCUCUGUGCCCCCUAACUGUUGCUAUACUGCACAUUCGAAUGCCCCGUUUCGAGUAUUCUGUUUCUAAGAAUGGUCUCUUGCUUCUGUUUAACAGGAUGAGUAUCACCCAAUGAGCGUGGAUAAAGAUGGUGUAGCCUCUUUUCAGGUCAGUAUUGUUAAUAUUCCAGAUGUUCCUAUUGGCACUGCCAGCAACAUGGAACAAUCUCCGUUUCUAUCCCACUUUUGUUUUUGUUUUUUUUGCAGUUUUACUUUAACGUGAGCACGGAUGAGCUAGAGGGGCUGUACAGCUUGUACUUCCAUAGUUGUGGAGGGGCCAGUGGCUCAAUUCGAGAUCAGCAUUCCUUCAACUUGGAUGUGAGUAAACAACUAACCAGUGUGGAUCCUUGUUUUAUUUCCUGAAAAUCAGAUGCAAAAUAAGUGUUUUUAAAAAUUAUUUUAUAUUCCAGUAAAAAAGCUUUAGAAAAUACUGCAAUAUUGUAUUCUAUUAUUUUUGCUGUUUAUAGAGAAUAAAACCUCAUCUUUUUGUUGCUAGCAAGUGCUCUAAUAAUAAACUGGUAUUUUCAGGAGGGAAUCUAUGGUAAUAUUAACUUGUUUUACUACAUAAUCAUAAAGACUGUGCUACCACCUUCUAACACAGCAGGGUUAUUUAAUAACUUGUGAAUUGUUGAGAUUUGAAAGUGAAAUUCACAUUUUUUUUUUUUUUCUCGCAAUAGCCAAGCUGAUAAAUAAAUUUAAUUUGGAGAUUCUCUCCAGUUUGGCCAUUGAAUCCUAAAAUGUAAAAUUUACUUUUGACUUCUGAACAAUUCAUAUUUUAGUUAAUAAGCCUGCCAGUGUGAUCUUUGCAAGCAAAGAUUGUAACAAGCAAAGUCACAAAUAUGUAUAAAAAAAAUACACUGAAAAGGCAUUUAUGUACGAAGAAGAUGGAUACACACUUCUAUGACACUUUUUUUGUUGUUUUUUACAUACCUUUUGUAAUUAAUGGACCAGUUAAAAUUGAUUACAUGCCCCUUCAACUGACUUUCAAAUUAUAAUGUAGUUGCCUAUUUGGCAAUAUUAUUUUUUAUUUUUUAAACACAUUAGAUAUCCUCUUUGGCAUCCAGGCUAUACAGAGCUUUAAAAAGAUGUAAAUAGCCAGUGUUAUGUGAACAUUAAAACCGUACAGAGCUGUGUAGACUUAAGGUAUCAUAAAGUGAGAUUUUGAUCUAAUUUGGUGAUGUAGGUUAAUUUUAAUUGGUUCAAUUUUACACUUCACACCUCCUCCCCCCCAGUCCUAAAUCUUGCCUGCUUAUAAUUCAUAAGGCCAAGAUUUAAAUUGCUCAAACAUGAGCAUCCAAUCAGGAAGUAAGUCUCUGGUUAGGGGUAUGCUGCAAAUCAUUCGAUAUUAUUCACUGAUUUGGUAAUUCUGGAAAACUGACAAGGAAAAUCUAAAUUUUUAGGCCAGUAUUGCCAACUUGAACAAAUAGCUUAGGAAGACAUUUUUCAGUAGUUUUGGCCUGAAAUUUGCUAUGCUCUUGUUUGGCUCGUUCUCUUCAAUGCCCUUUUUACAUUUUUUAUUUUUAACCAGAAGUUAAAGAUCAAUAUCAACAUGCCUGAGACAAAAAUAACAAACUCAAGUUUAGGUACAAGGGCAUAUGCAAACCAUCCCAUUUUGAUAUUUUAAGUUGGCCUAUUGUGCAAGCCCGUUCCCUUAAUAAAGGCGUUUUGUAUAUCUAAAUCUCAAGUAGUAGGAGCUAUGGAUGGGUAAAAGAAACAAACAAAAACAUGUUAAAUUCUGGUAUAAUGUGAAACAGAAUUGAAACUUCAUAAAUCAUGAGAACUUAAAGGGACACUAUAGUUACCAAAUCAACUAUAGCUUAAUGAAACGUUUUGGUGUAUAUAUCAUGCCCCUGCAGUCUCACUGAUCAAUUCUCUGCCAUUUAGGAGUUAAAUCACAUUAUCUAUGCUGCUCUAGUCAAACCUCCCUGCAUUUAGGAUGACUUGCACAGUCUUCCUAAAAACUUCUUGUAAAUGGUCAUCUUAAGUUUACACUUCGUUUAUUGCAAAUUCUGUUUUUAGAUUUUCUUAUCUCAUGCUCUGUUAAUAGCGUGCUAGACCUUGCAGGAGCCACCUGUAUGUAAUUAAACAUCAUUUGAGUUAGUUAACAUCUGAUUGAAAAUGAAACCAUUUCAUGCAGUCUGUGUAAGUGCACUCCUAAAUGUCAGAAUGGAAAUUUAAUUGUGCAGUGAGACUGCAGAGGCAUGAUCUAUACACAAAAACUGCUAUUAAAGGGACACUAUAGUCACCAGAACAACUACAGCUUAUUGGAUUUGUUCUGGUGAGUAGAAUCAUUACCUUCAGGCUUUUUGCUGUAAGCACAGUCUUUUCAGAGAAAAAGCAGUGUUUACAUUACAGCCUAGUGAUAACUUCACUGGCCACUCCUCAGAUGGCUGUUAGAGAUCCUUCCUGGGUCAUGGCUGCCUAAAAUGCAUCCAAACAUUUCGUGUUUCCUCCCUCUGCAUGCAGACAUUGAACCUUCCUCAUAGAGAUUCAUUGAUUCAAUUCAUCUCUAUGAGGAGAUGCUGAUUGGCCAGUGCUGUGUUUGAAUUGUGCGAGCUCUGCCCCUGAUCUGCCUCCUUGUCAGCCAAUCCUAUGGAUAAGCAUUGUGAUUGGAUCAGGCCACCACUUCUGAUGAUGUCAGCAGGUAGCUUGCUGUUCUGAGGCAAACAGGAUGCAGAGCUACAGCUUUAGGCUUGAAUACAUGUAAGAUUUUACUAUAUUUAGGGAGGCAUGAAUACAUGUUUGUGUCCCUGACCCUAUAGUGUUCCUUUAAGCUAAAGUUGUUUUGGUGACUAUAGUGUUCCUUUAAAGUUUUCUGAUAGUAAACCUCUAACCAAGGGGGGAAGAGGUUUACACUGGCAGACUCCGGGUCCAGUGUAAACAAAAGAAUAUGCUAUUUAGGGUUUAUACUCUCACACCGGUUCACAUAGGAGGCAAAGUUAAAAAAGGACAUUGUGGAGUCUUAAGUGAAUAUAUUCUUGUUUUCUGUUGUAUAUUGUACAAAUAGGCAAAAUCUAUUUUUACAAUAGCUUUUUUUUUGUGUGUGUGUGUGUGUGUGUGUGUGUGUGUGUGUCACGUACAUCUGCAAUAUACCUUUGUCAAACUUGUUCACAUUUUUUGUUUUGUCAUCUAUUUUUUUUUUUUUCUAUUUUAAUAGCUUUUAUGUCCCUUCUCCUGCAGAUUGAAAUUGUUGACAGGAAUCCCCAGAGUUUCCUUUCUGCAGAUGAGAUCCCGCUGCCCAAGCUCUACAUCUCAAUGGCACUUUUUUUCUUUCUGUCGGGGAUUGUCUGGGUUCACAUACUCCGGAAACGCAGGUGUUCAAUUUACUAUAUUAUACUUUGUCUAUACUAUUUUGGCGUAAUCUUAUCUCCUUUUUUGUUUAGUUCCAUUUUCUACUUAUUUUUUUAAAAAAAAGGAUUCUGAUCAUGCUAAACUGUCAGUGUAGCCUAUGUUUUUAUUAUUCCUGUUUUUUUUUUUUUUAUAUAUAUAUUUAUUAAGGAUUUUCUCCUACCACUAUAAGCCCUACAACUCAUGGUUAUAAUAGUUGGAGUACCCUAUUACUCUUCCCCUGUAAUGGAGCAGAUGAUUCUAAAGUGGUUUGCCCUCUUACCAUGCUCCCGCCAGACACAGGGGUUCAUCUCCUGCUUGCUUUGACAACAGUUUUGCAGAAGCCAGAUGCAGAUCCUGUCGCUCCUUCAUUGGCUAAGAACGUUUAUUGCUCUCAGCCAAUGAAUGAAUGAAACAGUGCCCAGACAGACUGCAGGCACCAUGACCACUUCAAAUCACUGAAUUGGUUAGAGUAACCCUUUAAAGCAGAUCUGACACUUUCUGUAUUUGUGCAUAUUUUGCUUAGGAUUCAGGGUGCAGUGGAAAGGAGAUAUACCUAUCUGAAGAUGUCCACCAUAUUCUUCUCAGGAACCUAUUUUAGUUCAUGGUGCUUCAUCUGCAAGAGCAUGUGAUCUACCAUAGACAAAGUUGCAAGAUAAUGCUUGAUUCCCACAUCCAAUGCUCACAGCGCCUGCUUGCAAAUGACAAACGUGGCUUGCCCCCCUAUAAAAGUUUAAAACACACCUUAUUUCCAGCGCCGCACGGGUCUGCUGGUGCGGGGUCCGCCCCCUUUGUUACUUCAUCAAAAUGGCCGAUAGUUAGCCAAUCCAAUGCUUUCCCAAAUGCCGGUUUGGCCCAUCAGGACCUCCUCGUAGAAAUUCAUUGAAUCAGUGCAUCUCUAUGAGGAAAACUCAGCGUCUCCAUGCAGAGCGUGGAGACGCUGAACGGCAGGGCUGCUUACUGUGCAGUCCUGAGCCUGGAAGCCCCUCCAGUGGCCACUUGGAGGUGUCCCUAGGGGCAAUGUAAACACUGCCUUUUCUCUGAAAAGGCAGUGUUUACAUGAAAAUGUCUGAAGGGAUCUAUUAUACUCACCAGAACAAUUACAUUAAGCUGUAGUUGUUCUGAUGACUAUAGUGUACCUUUUAAAGAUGUUCACGUCAGAGGUAGCUGCCAGUUCAGUUCCUGAACCCAGGAGCAUGCGCCAUUUUUGUGGAUGAAAUAAUCUAGGCCAACCUUUUAUUAGUGUUUGCUUCCAUAUGAUUGAAACUAAUAUAGAUUAAUUCCCCAUAGGGUCAGAGUUGCUGGGUUCUUGGUAAAGCAUUUAUUUAUGCCUAGCAGUAGUUGUUAAGCUACAGAAUAGAAAUGUCUGUGUAGGCAUCAAAUCUAUGAUGGCUAAUCUUGGCACUAUAACGGUUCCUGAAAUAUAUUUCUUAUAAUGCUGAGCCAGACACAAGACUACAUGAGUAUCAUGGAACAUGUAGUCUAGAAAACCCUGCUGAGCCACAGUCUGCCAUCAUUCACCAAAGUGAGAAUUGUUGUGAACUCCAGAUGAAUCCAACGUGAAUUUCAAAUUUUAGCGCAAAGUAGCUAAAUUGGUAAAAUCUUCUAAGUCGGCUAUGCUUUCAGUUUGGCUACUUUGGCCUAAAAUUUGAAAUCCACUUUGAAUUCCCACUUUACUGAAUAACCCUGUAAGCCAUAAACUAUUGUGUUGUUUUGCCCCAUCGUUAUGAUUGUAAAGCUUUCUGAGCCUAUUAAUCAACCUUUUAUCCAUUCUAGCAAUGACGUUUUUAAAAUCCAUUGGUUGAUGGCCGCCCUACCAUUCACAAAAUCUUUGUCACUGGUUUUUCACGCAGUAAGUGUCUUUUUUUUAAUGUUUUCUUUUGCCAUUUUGGAGUCCUUUUCAAUGCUUAUCAAAAUAACGUUGCUUAGCUAUGUGCUAUUAAUUAGUGCGAGAUAGCAUCAUGUUCGAUAAAUUGUCCAUGUACUGCUGCUUAGGUAGCGUAAUUAGAUUUAUAUUCCUGUACAAAUGGUCUCCAGGUGUCAAACACCAUAUUUUUCUGAGCAGGAACUAAUAUAGUACUUAAACCUGUAAAACAAAACUUUAUUUUUAUGGAGGGGGAAGAGUUCUGGAUUUGUGCACACUGGUCAUUUUUUAUCUAUAUCAAUUUAAUAUCCUUUUCAAUGUUCAGAGAUUGGGGGGGUACUCAUUUUCAGAUCUUCAGGGCAGGCAGUAAUGCAGCAAAUAUAAAAACAUAAACCUGGAAGUAUUCUUUAAUAGUAUAUAAUUUUUUUUUUUUUAAAUAGAUUAAACACAAUUGUAGAUUAUGCUAGCUUUAGUGUACCUAUAAUCUUAAUUUUAUUGAUGACAGGAGGCUUCAUAUUUGCUUAAGUCUCUCUUUACUAGAACUCCACAGCAGCAAAAAACAGAGUAAACAACCAAUCAGAAAACAGCAAGGAGACCAUAGAACUCCCUUCUCCACAUUCUAUUUCCUCUUUCAAGCUGCGAUAACACAGACAUAAAAACAUAAGAUAACAAUAACAGUCCGACAUAAGGGAAAAUAACGACUCUCACAGAAGUCUUCAACCAAAUUGGAACUUUUAAUGAGAUCUCAUCCUGGAACCUUUACACUGAAACGAAAUAAACCGAAAAUAUGAUUAGCCAAUGAAAUGUACUUCUAAAAGCAUGCAGCUACCCAGUGCAAAAUUAUGUUAACACCACCAAAUCUACAGAUCCCCGCCCUAGAUCAUAGAAAACAGAGAGAUGAUCUAAGAACAAUAAGGUACUUCUGAGAAGAAACAUACCUCACUAUGAUAGUCAACACACAAUAAACGUCUACAAGAAAAAGGGUGGGAAAUAUUUGUCUCCUGUCAUUAAUAAAAUUAAGAUUAUAGGUACACUCAAGCUAGCAUAAUCUACAAUUUUAUAACAUGACAGGAGGCUUCAUAUUUGCUGUUUCAACGCUCACCCAGCAAAGCAAACGAUGCAUGUUCCGCCGGUUUGAAAUAAAACUGUUGAAAGGUAUCUUCUCGAGACCAGUCUGCUGAACGCAGUAUAUCAGAAAGGGAAGCCCCCGCCACUAGGGCUCCUGCCGCUGCGCCCCUUACCGAAUGAGCGCCAAAUGAGGAGUCCACACACCGGCUAACGAUGAUAACCAUCUGAUCCAAAGUAAUGGAAGAAACCGGUUUAUGUGGACGCACAUAAGAUACUAACAGUUGCCCCGAUUGGGAACCUCGAAGCGGAGCAGUUACUGUCACAUAGCAAGACAGAGUAGAAACCACACAGAGCUUAGGAGCCUCUCGGAAAUAUGGAUAGAAAAUAGCAGUGGAGUUGGACUUGGUACGUCUCGACACCGACAAAAAAGUCACCCCGUCUGGAGAAAAAGUGAACGCGUUAACAUCAAAAGCCUGGAUGUCGGAGACCCGACGAAAAGAUACAAGGCACAAAAGAAGUGUAAACUUGGCUGACAACUGUCAUAGAGAUAGGUCCUGAUUAUCCGGCCACUCUUGAAUGAAAUCCAAAACCCGGUGUACGUCCCAGAGGGAGGCAUAUUUAGGUGCCGGCGGACGUGACAGUCUGAUGCCUCUCAAGAGUCUACAAACCAAGGGGUCUUGUCCGAUGGGCGUCCCUCGAAGGAGAACAUGAGCCGCUGAAAUGGCCGAUCUGGCAACGUUAACCGAAUGAUAUGACUUCCCUUGAUCGAAGUGGUGAGAGAGGAAAUUCAGUAUGCUGGAUACAGGUGCUGUAAAGUGAUUGGUACUCUGUUCCAGGCACGCUGAUAUAUUGUCCAUUCUCAGCAGGAUGCAGCAAUCCGACAGAUGACCCGCCAGGCUCCAUAUUGCGAAUGAGCCCGCAAUCAUUUCUAGGAAACUGAUGUGGGAAUUCGUUUCCAUGUUGGGCCAUGGGCCUCCAGUUGAGGCGGUUACGCAGGUCGCUCCCCAGCCCAAUAGGCUCACAUCCGAUUCCAGGAUGAAGUUCGGGUUGGGCCGAAAAUCGUCUUGCCGUUCCAGGCUGACGUGUAUCAGCCACCAGCGAAGUUCAGUCUUGACUUCCUGCGUGAUGGGAAUCCGUUGGUCAUUUGAGGGUCUCCUGCGACGGAAGCAUGCUUUCAGGCGUUGCAUAACCCUGUAGUGAAGGAGUCCCGGGUAGAUGGCCUGGAUCGAUGCGGAUAAGCAGCCCACCACUCGUGCCAGGACCCUGAGUGGAAUCUGUUCCUGUCGUAAGAUCCGUUGGAUUUCGUUCCGAAUGGCCGUAAUCUUGGCCUGAGGGAGGCGAAAGAUGCACUGAGUCACAUCUAUUUUGAAUCCCAAGAAUUGAACUACCUACGUCGGUCGGCCGACUUCUCCCAGUUGACCACAAAACCCAGAGAUUCGAACAAAGAGACUGUAUAAAGCGUCUGAGAUUUCAGCCUGGAGUGUCCUUGCAGAAUAGAAGUAGAUCGUCCAGGUAUAUCAGACAUCGGAUGCCCCUGGAGCAUAGGCGAGCCGUCACCAGUUUCACCACCGCUGAAGCACCAUGGUGCCGAACUGAGGCCAAAGGGCAGGCAGUUGAAUUGACACAGUCUUCCUUUCCAAAUAAAGCGGAGGAAGCGCCGGCAUUUGUAUUCCACCCGAAUGGAUAGGUAAGCAUCCUUCAGCUCCAGGCGGGUGAACCAAUCCCCUGGGCGCAGUAAGUCUCUCAGAAGGUGGAUGCCCUCCAUCUUGAAACGUUGAUAGAUGAUGAAGGCAUUCAGGUUUAUAACCGGACUGAACUCUCCCAUCUUUUUCCUGACUAGGAAUAUGGAGCUGAAGAAACCUCCCUCGUCCGGUGCUAAUUGAACCGCCCCUUUGUCGAAAAGGGCUUUUAUCUCGGCGUCCACCAGAGCUUGAUGAUCUCUGAGUCGGGGGAGGGGGGGACUCUAUAACGUAACCUCAGACCACCUGGAGUAUCCAUGCGUCCGAAGAAAUGUCCCGCCACCUUUCGAGACAAUAACGUAACCUGCCGGCAUGCAAAAGACUGGGAAAAACAUGUGGUGUAACUAGUCUCACCUGUAGGCAUUCUGCCUCUGCCACGUUCUCACCUCUGGGAGGUGAAGAACCCAGAAUGGUAGCUGGGGAGGAAAGUCGUGUCCAGGAUCCUCGGUGGCUCGAUGGCCAGAAACGGCCGGAGGCACGACCCCGCCGCCUGCCGGCCCUGCCAAAGACACGUGGAGUGUGAGUGCGGAACACUCUCCUCAUCGAACAUUGGGCGUUGUUCAGGGUAGCAUAGAGAUUGACGUGUCUAUGGAGCUCCUUAAUGAAGAGCUCCCCGAACAGUAGCCCUUUGGCCAAUUGUCCCAGCUCUUUGGACUCAACUCUGACAAUUUAGCAUCCAUGCGCAUAAGGACCGCCUUCCUCCGCUCCGUGCAUAGCGCCACAUUGGAGUUGCCCAGCAGACAAAUGGAGCGCAACACCCAAUCUCUUAUGGCCGCUGGGUCCAGGGGUAAGCCUUGUGAGACAGCUUCGUCCGCCAUCGUAAGGAUCCGGGCCAGCUGGCCCAACAUGUCAAGCACCUUAUCUUGUGCCAAACGGAGGCUGCACUCAAUCUCUUUCCUGUGGUCGUGACCCGUGCGGGUCAGAUAGGUGGAGACCAUCGGGUCGAACUCUGGUGUCAUAACGACAUUGUCAGGUAAGGUGGGUCUGGGGCACUCUGCCCUCAAUCUCUUCCAAACCGCUCAAUCCAGGGGUCUGCAAACCCAAAAAUUAACAAACUGUGCAAGAUGUUAGGGCAGGAACCACUCGGAAACCUGGGGUGCCGGAUGGUGUGCUGGUCGAAGAGGGGUUCGCCGUCGAGUCAAUGAAUACAUCCUACCCUAAGGAGGGGUGCAGGUGUUGCGAAGCGGUCUCACCGGUUUCCUGAUGGUACGAAGACUCCUCUGAGUCUAACCCACCCCACCCGCCCUCGUCAUCCGAGGGGGAUUGAUCCGCCCGCCAUUCAUCCAGGAUGGACAGGGGUGGGGGAAGAAUUAAUUCUUCUUCCUCUUCAGGGGAGUAUCUUGGUCGUGCUGGUGAUGAAGCGGUCGCCUGCUUAGUGCCGGCUUAUCAAUAGGGCACUGACAGGGCAGGCUGAUUUUUAAUGGGCACAGACAUAGCACGCCAGUCAAUGGGGCACAGACACAGCAGGCCAGGUCACUUAUAAGUGGUGUAAUCAGCAUUAACGGUCUUUGUUAGGGAAGCGCUCCUUAACUGUGUAAUAAUAGAUCCUGGGGCACCUCGUGAUAAUGGGCCAGAUCAGUGGUGUAUCCUGGGCAGGACAAAACUCAGGCGCCCCGCGCCAGCCCCCUCCCCCCUCCCCCAAGCCUUCUAAAUACACACACACACACACUGACAGACACACACACACACACUGACAGACACACAUUAACAGACACACUCACUGACACACACUCACACUAACAGACACACACUCACAGGCAAACACACACUCACUGACGCACAGUCAGGCAAACACACUAGCAGACACACACUCACUAGCAGACACACACUCACUCACUAGCAGGCACACUCACUCACUAGCAGGCACACUCACUCACUAGCAGGCACACUCACUCACUAGCAGGCACACACACUCACUGACACACACACAGACACACACUCACUGACACACACACACACUCACUCACUGACACACACACACACACUCACUGGCUUACACACACACACUCUCACUGACACACACACUCACUUUCUCACUGACACACUGCACUCACUCACUGACACACACACACACACACUCACUGACACACACACACACUCUCCACUGUACACACACACACACACUCUCACUGACACACACACACACUCUCACUUCAACACACACACACACACACUCUCACUGACACACACACACACACUCUCACUGACACACACACACACACUCUCACUGACACACACACACACACACUCUCACUGACACACACACACACACUCUCACUGACACACACACACACACACACACACUCUCACUGACACACACACACACGCACACACACACUCUCACUUUGAAGCACACACACACACACACACACACUCUCACUGGCUUUUUACACACACACACUCUCACUGACACACACUCACUGACACACACACUGGCGUACAUACCAGGGUUGCAGGGGUCGCGACUGCGACCGGGCCCGGCCCACCAGGGGGCCCGGCCGCCCCUGCGACCCGGUAUGUAGCCACAGGGCCAGCCUCUUCCCCUGGGGGACCCAGGAGCCGACCACCCCAGGGCCCCCCUGAGGCUGGCCCUGCUGACACCCGGCAGGCGGGCGCGCGAGGGAGCACUCAGUGCUUCCUCUUCAGCUCCCUCGCGCACCGCACUAAUGCCGGAGCCGGAAGAUGACGUCAUCUUCCGGUGCCGGCAUCCCUACGCGGUGCUCCCUUUGCGCGCCCGCCCACCUGCCUGCCUGCCCCCGCCUGCCUGCCUGCCCCCGGCUACCCGUCCGCCCGGCUACCCGCCCGCCUGCCCAGCCACCCGCCCAGCAGCACCACUGGACCCCAGGGAAUCCCCCCAGCACUCCAAAAGGUAAGGAGGCUGGGGGGAUUAAAUAAAAAAAAAAAGUGAGUGUUAGUGUGUGUGAGUGUUAGUGUGUGUGAGUGUUAGUGUGUGUGAGUGUUAGUGUGUGUGAGUGUUAGUGUGUGUGUGUUAGUGUGUGUGUGUUAGUGUGUGAGUGUGUGAGUGUGUGUGAGUGUGUGUGUGAGUCUGUUAGUGAGUGUGUGUUUGUCAAUGAGAGUGUAUGUUUUGUAAGUGAGUGUGUAUGUAUGUCUGUCGCUGACUGUGUCUCUGUCAGUAAAUGUGUGUCUGUUAGCUAGUGUGUAUGCGUCUGUAAGUGUGUGUGUGUGUGUGUCUUCAGCACUUACCCUUCUCCAGCGCCGGACUCCCUUGGCGCUGAGGAUCUCUCAGCUCCGAAUGCGACCGCGCACGCAUUCAAACCGCCCAUAGGAAAGCAUUACUCAAUGCUUUCCUAUGGACGUUCAGUGUGCUCCUCUAGCGGCUGUCAGUGAGACAGCCACUAGAGGCUGGAUUAACCCUCAGUGAAACAUAGCAGUUUCUCUGAAACUAUGUUUUCAGCUGCAGGGUUAAAACUAGAGGGACCUGACACCCAGGCAACUUCAUUGAGCUGAUGUGAUCUGGGUGUCUGUAGUGGUCCUUUAAAGGACCAUUAUAGUGCCAGGAAAACAUAAUCGUUUUCCUGGCAGUAUAGUGCCCUGAGGGUGCCCACACCCUCAGGGACCCCCUCCCGCCCGGCUCUGGAAAAGGGGUAAAACUUACCUUUUUCCAGCGCUGGGCGGAGAGCUCUCCUCCUCCGAUUCUCCUCUCCGUCGGCUGUAUGCGCACGCGCAGCAAGAGCUGCGCGCACAUUCAGCCGGUCACAUAGGAAAGCUUUCAUAAUGCUUUCCUAUGGACGCUGGCGUGCUCUCACUGUGAAAAUAGAGGAAAUAGGGGAAGGCUUAACCCAUUCAUAAACAUAGCAGUUUCUCUGAAACUGCUAUGUUUAUGAAAAAAUGGGUUAACCCUAGCUGGACCUGGCACCCAGACCACUUCAUUAAGCUGAAGUGGUUUGGGUGCCUAGAGUGGUCCUUUAAGUGUGCGACCAGGUGCCCACUGCCAUGUGUUGCGGCCCGGCCCGCGCGUGUGAGGGGGGGCCCACGGAUCAAUUUUUGCACCGGGGCCCCCAUGGGUCAUGUGUACGCCACUACUCACUCACUGACACACACACUCACUGACACACACACACACUCACACAGUCAGACACACACUCACACAGUCAGACACACACUCCCACUCACACAGUCAGACACACACUCCCACUCACACAGUCAGACACACACUCCCACUCACACAGUCAGACACACUCACUCACAUUAACACAUUUUUUUUUUUUAUUUACCCCCACCUCCUUACCUUUUGGAAUGCUGGGGAGUCUUCUCCCUUGGUGGUCCAGUGGCUGCCGGUCGGGCUGGUGGCGAGGGAGCUCUUCCUCUGAGCUGACUGCUCAGCUCCCUUGCGCGCCAGAGUGAGGCUGGGAGCCGGAAUAUGUCGUCAUCAACCCGGCUCCCAGCCUCACUGUGCGGCGCGCGAGGGAGCUGAGCAGACCGCUCAGAGGAAGAGCUCCCUCGCCAGCCGCCCGCCCGACCAUCAGCCAGCGACGCCCACCCACCUGGCCGGUCAGUUAGCCGCGAGGCUAACUAGACAUUUGCCCUGGGCAUUUGGGGGACGGCGUUUUCUGCCGCCCAAGGCAAAUGCGGCUAAAACGCCCCUGGGCCAGAUGUAAGCCUCUGAUACAGUAGUUAUAGUGCAUGCAGGGUACAGGCUCCCACUGGAAGCAAGUGUAUGAAGUAUGGUGUAGUACACUGUGUGGGACACCCUGAACUGUCCACCAAUGAAAAACCACAUGCAGAAUCCAAUAUACAUAGAGUUAAUCUAAAGACAGGUGAAACCCAGGCUUGGUGCAGGAGAAAGGGGCUGCACCCAGCCUGCCCGCUUAUAUAUGGGCCACAGGCCGCGGCUGAAUUAAUUCCCGGCUCCUAGGAGAGGAAAGCAAGCCUCUAAUGACUUCAACGGCUUCCCUGCGUCAAUCUGACAGGCGGGGGAGGCGAGCGUUAGUGCUCCCUCCUCCACCUGGCAGACACACACGGAUCGCGCCGGCCGCAGCAGGCAGCCACGUGCAGAGGCUCCGGUCGGCGGGUACAAUCGCUAGCGCAGCACCCCUCGACCAGAGGGGGAAAAAAAGCACAGACGGAACCGCUGGAGACGUACUCCGCGGUCCCGGAGCUCGGGGGAUCAGAGGAGGCAGAACAGGCCGGUCUCUAGAAACCCUCGAGCGGCACACGUACCCGUAAAGCCGAAAACGGGAUAGACACAGAAGGAAGAUUUAAGGGGACAGAAAGGGGGAAAAAAUCCCCAGAGGAGAUGUAUAGAAACCAGAUGGACACAAAACUCCCCACAAACCCCCCGAGCAAUAGGCAGAGGGGUAUAAAGCUAAACACACAAAUAAGUCCCCAAAUAAUACAAUCUGUAAGACACUAAAAAUAUAAUAAAAAUCACACCGCCACCAACUAUUAUUAGCAGGAGGCACUGGUACUCUGACCUGUACUGAAAGAGUAAAUAGAAUGUGGAGAAGGGAGUUAUAUGGUCUCCUUGCUGUUUUCUGAUUGGUUGUUUACUCUGUUUUUUGCUGCUGUGGAGUUCUAGUAAAGAGAGACUUAAGCAAAUAUGAAGCCUCCUGUCAUGUUAUAAAAUUUAAAUCCUUUUAUAGAGUAUUUUUGUAGUUAUUAGAAACUUAGUUUUAAACCUUUUGGAUAGUCCUCACACGUUUAUUUGAUAGAUGGUGAUAGAACUAGAUUAGAGAUCAUGAUUAUUAGUAUAUCAAUGCAAAUUAUUGCUCUAGAGAGAUUUCCGUAUGUGAGCAGGGAGCAUGAUAAUUAAAUGCUUAAUAGUAAUGUAGGAAAAAAUACAAAAAUGAGGGAGAAGCAACCCUAAAAGAAAAGGGAGCAGAACCCCCAAUUAGAGCAAUAUUAGAACAUUUGCCAACAAUUGUAUAUCAGAGUACAAAAAAAAUAAUAAAAUGUUAUUGAUAAUUAGAAAAAAUCCAGAUACCAUAUGUCUAAAAUACAUCAGACAACUUCAAAUAAAAUUAAAUUUAAGGUGGAGGAACAUCAAGAUGAAAAAUGUUCCAGUAUAAAUAGAUACAAAUUUGAUACUAAAUGAAUAAAUUAGCUCACUCACAGAGUAGCAAAAGAUAUGCCCACUAAAGAGUGUAGCAAUAUAUGUGAAAAGUAUCCAACUAAAUUUGCAUAUAGUGAAAACUAACUGGAAUCAAUUCAGGGUCCUCCAAACCAAUAAAAUAUUAAAUGUCUAUAGAUGGAUCCCACCCUCUGGGUGGAAUAUAAAUAUUCAAUCAAGUUAGUACAAUUAAUUAAAUAAACCUAAAUUUAAUGAAUUGUACUAAAUUCAUUAAAUUUAGGUUUAUUUAAUUAAUUGUACUAACUUGAUUGAAUAUUUAUAUUCCUCCUGGAAUAAUAAUAUUGACUCUGUUUAUAAUCCUCUUUACAGUCUCUUUUUAUUCAUAUAUAUUGGUUCUCUAUAUAUAAAAAAUAUGAGAAAUUGUAUGUCCUCUAUGGGUACUUUAUUGACUUUGGCUAUAUAUUUGCUGUCUAUCUUUAUAUGAUUUUUAUUCAUUUGGUGAAAUACUAGGAGAAUAAAAAACCAUCCUAAUAAUCACUGACAUGUCCUUAGAGUUGAUAUGUUUGUUGGAUUUAUAUACCCUUAUUUGAUUAAUUUAUUUGAUUUAGUGGAAUUUUGAUAUGUCCAUUUAAAUUUAAACUCAAUAUUACCUGCCUCUUUUGAAUUUUCAACUUAAUUUAUGUAUUUAUAUACUUGUUCCCAUUUCCCCUUGCCUUUGUAGUACUCCCCAGACCAAUUUGCAUUACUAUGAUGUUCAUUUACUGCACAGUAUGUGACAUUCUGUGUUUAACUACGGGAGAUGCUGGUUUGGAGCAAGCGUGAUACAACGUUGCUUGCUGUGCUGAAAUAAUGCUGCACGCAUGCGCGGUCACAAUAAUUACACAUUUAGUUACGGGAGGCGCUGGUUUAGAGUGAGUUGGAUACAGUGUUGCUUGCUGUGCUGAAAUAAUGUUGUACGCAUGGGCGGUCACACUAAGUACACGCAUGCGCGUUCUGUGAUGGAAUGCUACUUUGUGGGACUUCCCACCGCCGAACCUGAUUGGCGGGGCAAAAUGGAAACCCCGUCCACUCACUACGGGCGGAUUUUUUGGCGCUACUUUUUCGUGUAUAUAAGGAAGGGGAUGAGGGGACUGCAUUUGCUUACUGAUGCCCUUGAGAAAGGCGAUUUUUUUUUUUUUUUUUUUUAAUUUUUUUUUUUUUUUUGCCUAAACGCGCGUUGGGCUUGGGGGGUGUAGGUAUUCUUUCCACACUAUGCAGACUGUUCUUAUUUAAGUAGGUGAUGGUUAUACACGAACCCUCUCUAUUGACUCUCACUUUAUUUUUCACUUAUUUGCCUCUCUCUGUCCUUUCGAUUUACCAACUUUGUUGAUACAUAUCAAGCUAAUCUAGCUAAGACACAUUUAUAGUAAGCCAUCAGGAUUGAGCUAGUUAUAGAUUGCUCUGAAGUAAAAUAUAUAUUUAUGAAGGAGGGGAGAGAGAGGGAGAGAGAGGAAAGAGGAGAGGUUGGGAUCCAUCUAUAGACAUUUAAUAUUUUAUUGGUUUGGAGGACCCUGAAUUGAUUCCAGUUAGUUUUCACUAUAUGCAAAUUUAGUUGGAUACUUUUCACAUAUAUUGCUACACUCUUUAGUGGGCAUAUCUUUUGCUACUCUGUGAGUGAGCUAAUUUAUUCAUUUAGUAUCAAAUUUGUAUCUAUUUAUACUGAAACAUUUUUCAUCUUGAUGUUCCUCCACCUUAAAUUUAAUUUUAUUUGAAGUUGUCUGAUGUAUUUUAGACAUAUGGUAUCUGGAUUUUUUCUAAUUAUCAAUAACAUUUUAUUAUUUUUUUUGUACUCUGAUAUACAAUUGUUGGCAAAUGUUCUAAUAUUGCUCUAAUUGGGGGUUCUGUUUUUGAGGGGAUUUUGCUCCCUUUUCUUUUAGGGUUGUUUCUCCCUCAUUUUUGUAUUUUUUUCCUAUAUUUCUGUAAAUUAAGGGUUAAGCCCUUUUAGUACCCCUGUAACCCUUUCUUUUGUACUCCUUGCUGGAUUGCUUUCUAUCUAGGAGUACAUUCUGUUUAUACUUAAGCUUAAUAGUAAUGCCCUGUCAUGUAUCGGGCUGAAAUUCAUUUGAAAAUGUUGUUGUUUUUCUUUCAGAUCGACUAUCACUAUAUAUCAUCCCAGGGUUACCCGAUUGAAGGCUGGGCCGUGGUUUAUUACAUAACCCAUUUGUAAGUACAAGACAAGAAGCAGAAAUAAAGAUGAUUUUUUGUGUGUGUGUGUGUGGAGAAGUGAAAGUUUGAGAGAAAUAGCAAAACCUGGUUGGCCAAUAUAUUACUCUUCAUAUGUUAGUACUUCAUGAUGUUAGAACUCACAAGAAGCCUUGCCAGUUCUAAAGUGGGAGGGGGAGUAGGGGGUGGUGGUGUGUGUGUGUGUGUGUCUUAUUGAUUAUUGGAUGCAUGUAGUUCUAAUGACUCUCUUGAUUCUGAUGAACAAAGUGUUAAACAUUAACCAGGAUGUGGUGACAGUUUGUUUAGUUGCUGAAAUGAUAUGGGUGAGUUGUUAAUUUUCCUGCUAGCUACCAAUGACAUGUUUAUCUAAUGAAAACUCCCACUGAUCCCUCCACACUGAUAUCAAUUUGUCUUGCAGUUUAUACACACAGCACUGAGUCCUAAAACACUGUUUUCUGCAAACUAUGGACACGAUUUUAAUAAACUUUGUUAAUGAUUCAACACUGUUAAAAAAAACUUCCCAAGUGAUUUAUCUGUAGAAGUUGCCGUUAACAUUGAUGGGAAGUUUUGUAGAUUUUCGAGAAGCUUUUCUAACACUAUUGAGUUAUUUAGAAAGCUCAUUAAAUCGAGGCCUCUGUCAGCAUAUAUUUAAGAGCAGCACUGCAGGAUAACCACAAAAUAUGCACAUAAAGCUUUCUAUUCAUGCUCAUCUGCACAUGCGGUAUACAUGACAGCUCAAAAUGUCCACUAGCCAAUGGCAAGUCAAAAUGUAGCACAGACAAGUAGAAAUGAACCUUGGGUGUGAGUGCCAUAGACUCUCCAGACUUGCAGUGGCGAGUAACUUUUAAGGCUUGGCUAGUAGUGUAGGACUUGACUGUAACACAAGACUAAAUGUUGUUUCUGAAUGUUCAUCACUACCAAAAUGUUGUGUAGUGCUAUUCACCAUCUAUAAUCCACCUGUAAAUACCGGUAUGCUCUCAGCAUUGUGCCUUUUAAAAAAUCCACCUGAUACUCCACUUCUUCUAGUGAUAUUUAAUUACAUGCAGAUCUCUGAUUUUUUAUUCUGGCUUAUUAAUCUCUCUGUUUUUAUUAAAAAUUUUUUUCAAUUUUCUCUUCUCCUCUGCAUGUCUCAUUCUGCAAAACAUCUUAUGCUAUUAAUGACACCCCACUCCCCCUCUUUCUAAUCAGUAUAUCACUUGUGACUUGUGUUACGAAUGGUAAAUUCCAUUAUAUUGAUCAGCAUUGCUUCGUACCAGAAGUGUGGAAGCUUUUGAAUGGUUAUCUUUUAAUACAUAUUCUUAGUUCGGUAUAAAGUAUCACCGUGUAUUGCAAUACGCAUGCUAUUUAAGCAUAUAACAUAGUUGGCAUGGCAUAGAUUCUAAGCACCAUAACUACAACAGCCUGCCAAAGUGAUUAUGGUGUCUGUAUGCCUGCUAGGGCCAUAACCACUAUGACGGCACGUGGUGAUUAUGGUACUUGGGGGGGAAAAUUUAAAUAUUCAGUGCUGUGGCAAUGAAUGUGGGUAUAGGAAAUGUACUUUGUAUAUUGUCGGACAUGUUACAUGCUAAAGCAGUUUUCUCUUGUAGGCUAAAAGGAGCACUUCUUUUCAUCACCAUUGCACUGAUUGGGACUGGCUGGGCCUUUGUUAAACACAUCUUGUCUGACAAGGAUAAGAAAAUAUUCAUGAUUGUCAUUCCCCUACAGGUGAGGACAGGUCUCAGUUUAAACAGUAGGCGUUCCCCCAUCUUGGGAGCAUGCCACUGCACAAAUACUUCAAUAGUACAUGAUUUAUCAUGGUGUGCAAAGAACCGUCUUAACUCUGUUGGGUUAGUUGUACAUCACAAUCUCUAUGUGAACACACUUGACAGAUCUCAGUAGCUCUCAAUAAACUUCAUCAUGGCAAGUUUAGGAAAGUCCCUGUCUGUCAUCAAAGGUCCAGGAAAUCAUAGCCAUCAGGUCAAGGAGAGUUGUAACAGAUCACGUUAGCUAGCCAGAGAUAAAACACCUAGAAGUUGCUUUUUCUCUGCUGUUUCAGCUUACAAUUUGAAUGCAAAAUACCCCUGCUUGUGUUUGCUGGACAAAGGUGGCUGUUUGUACUUGUGAUUUUUGUUUGUUUAUGAUCUUUAACCAUGCAAGCAUAUGUAGGAUAAUAAAAUCAGGUAGAGUAAUGGAAACGGGUACCGUAUGAUAAUAUAGGGUGACACGUUAUCAGUAAUGAACAUAGCAGCAGAUAUCUGUACAAGACUGAAAAAGGCCCUAUAGUAAAGACAGCAAAACAUAAAGUUGCCUAAAUGCACUGAAAUUUGAAGAAUAAUUGCAAAUCCUAUAGGCUUUAGUGAAUCACUAGAAGGACACUCGCUUGAUGUACAGACAAUAGAAUAUGAUGCCGCUCAUUAUCAGUCAGUAGGUGGCAGCAUUUUCUUCAGUUAUAGGAAGACAAAUUUUGCCUUUCACAACCCAGAGCCCAGUAUUUGUAUACAUCUGCCCCUUGUAUUGGACAAUUAACGUAAAUAGAAAGUAGUCCAUUUUGAAAGUACUUUUAUAGUCAGAAAUAUGGCACAGGAAACCCAUGCUUCCCAGAUCUUUUGAGGCAGUACAGAUUUCAGAUUCCUGACUUGCAGUCCCUUUUUUUUGCAGUUACUUGUAAUGGCCUGGGACCUUUAGUUUUCAUGUUAUUGGUGAUUAUCCAUCAGUUGUUCCUCAAUAUUAUUGAGCAUCCGUAUCCUUUUUUCCCGAAGUUAGUGAUGAUCUGUUCAUUUUCUCUUUAAUCCCUAGUUAUUGGUAAUGACCCAAUUUACCUUAUUGAACCAGUUUUUAGCGAUGACAUUUUUCUUUCUCACUGACAUAAGCUAUAGACAUGACCGCCACAAUGAUGCACUUUCUCGCCUGAUUUCUAGUACAAGUGACUCAAUAUUGAGUGACUCACACUCUUACAAAAGAAAACCAUUCACCAGCUUAGCUUGCCAAAGCAAAACCUUUUUUGUUUUUUGACAGAUUUGCAGAACUUUACAAAAUCUCCAACGUUGCUAAGUUUCCAGCUCUGCUAUGCUAGUUUGAAAUCUGUUAUUUCUUUCAAUUCUAAAAUGAUUCACAGAGUACUAAAUAAACCCAUGAGUGAGAGUGGCUGAGAUUUUUGAUAGUUCUCGUAAAAAGAGCAACGAUCGCUUAAAUAUCUUGACCCCUGUCCCCACCAGGGCAGAUAAUUGCUUUUUAUAAUCCUAGAACAAUCAGUGCAACUCUCAUCUAAUUGUUAUUUUGUUUUGAGUAUUGUGUAUUUUUUGAGUCCUGAGAGUUCCCAUAACUCUCUCCCAAAGUCUCAAUUCGAUAUUCUGUCUCCGACCCUCAUAAAUACUCCAUUCUUGUUCCUCACUGUAUUUCUUAAUUUGGUAGGUACUCGCCAAUGUGGCUUACAUCAUCAUUGAAUCCACAGAAGAAGGCACGACUGAGUAUGGUCUGUGGAAGGAGGUUCUUUUCCUUGUAGACUUGCUAUGCUGCGGGGCGAUCCUGUUUCCAGUCAUAUGGUAAGAAUUUGUGAAUCCUUUAAGGAGGUUACAUCUGUGUGUAGCUUGCAGCGGAGGAUUUACUGCCGCUGGGUCUAGCGUGUAUUAUUGGACUGCUCAUAAAUACAUAUUUUAAGCAAUUGUGAUCUGCCAGGGCAGCAUGGAAAGUGAUCUGUGCAGUCAGACAUACAGCUUAUCCUACAGUUUGCUAGAUCAGCAAUAACGAACAGCUUCCCAGCUGCUGAGUUUCCCCUGUACUAAGAACCAUUGUUCUUUCUGUUUUAUUAGGUCCAUUAGACAUCUACAAGAGGCAUCUGCUACAGAUGGGAAAGGUAAGUUCUUGUUCUCUCUGUUAAUUGGUGGCGAAUGUGUUACUCCAAUGGAAUGUCCUGCCUUAGAAUUCUCCUUACACAGAUCUUACUGUAGCUCGAACCUUUCCAUUUAUUCAAGCCCUGGGAGAUUCCCUCUCAUCCUCCCUUGGGGAGUGCUUGGUCCUAUUCUCAAAAGUAAGUGAGGUUGUCUAGGGCAUUCCUCUUUACCUUUCCUAUAAAUAGCAAGCCGUUCAGUGCCACAUGUGCACCCCAGACAGGUUUCCAAUGACAGGCUGAGACUAUAUACUGGUGUACCUUCUUUUUAUUUUAUUUUUUGUAAGUUAAAUAUUCUGCAUCAGUUGAUGAAAUUUUUUUUUUUUUUCCUUUACUUCUUUUAUUCUUUUAAGCAUGUAUACACAGGAUCAGUGAACUGAAAUAUAAAGUACAUUGACAAAUACAGGGCAAUUCAGUGUGUACAAGUGGCCGGUUUCAGUAAUGUGUUAUAGAAGCAUACAACAUGCGCCAGUGGACUGGCAUAGCCGUUUGUGCAGUAUACAUAUACCUGGCAUACCUAGAUUAAGCGUGCCAUAUUGGGCCACAUAUUGCCAGGCCCUUGAACCGUCCUUCCCCUUAAACCGAUGAAGUCACCUUCAACAUAACUCUGUAUCUCUGUGCUAGCAUGGAAACCCAUGCAUAAACGACUUUUUGUUUUUUGUUGUUUAAUGUUACCGGAGUUUUCUUAAUAUUUUCCAGUUCCAGGCUGGGCUAGAUAAAAGUAUAGAGAGUUAGAGAAAGUAAGAAAGGAAGAAGAAAAAGAGUUACAGGAGUAAGUGGUUUACUGGUGUAGGAUAUGGAGGAGGAGGAGGAGGUGGUGUUGUGUUCUGUGCAGCCAGUACCCCGGAGGAGGAGGCAAGAGAACUGUGACCUGCCCCUGUCACUGCUUAUGAGAGGUCAGCCAUCGGCGGGUCCGUGUUAAGUCUUCCUAUCCCCUCACCCAUUCCUCCCAUCUUUCCCACGCUUCCAUUGUUAUGUGUGACCUGUUAGAGCUCAUAUAAGCCAUCUUUUCAUAACUCUCAUUAAGAGAUACUUGCCGCACCACUUCUCUCCUGCUGGGAGCUGUGGGGGACUUCCAUCCCCUCACUAUCAAUAAGUUGGCUGCUAUCAAUAUGUGGCAGGUGAGAUCAUUUUGAAGUAUGAACAGGAGAAAGUGUUCAACAGAGGGCCUAGCUUGUUUUUUAAUUACUUCUGAGAUCAGGGUUGCCAUUGUUUCCCAAAAGGGUUUAAUCAUUGCGCACCCCCACCAGAUGUGCAGCAUGGAACCUUUCUCUGUGGAGCAUUUCCAACAUCUGUCAGAUGCCCAGGGAAACAUGUGGGGCCAGCGCACUGGUACUAGGUAUCUUUUUUAUGAGUUCGACAUGGAAAAUGCACCUAGUAUAUAGCUGAUGCAUAUAAAAGGCUCUUAACUAGUUGGCGGGCAUCUCGUGACCCAGGUCUCACUCCCUUGCGUAUUUGGGUACAGAGUGAUUCGCGUCCCAUGUUAUCGUGUCAUAGCAGACUGAAAUAACUUUCUUUUUUGGUAUAUUGCCUAUGCACAUUUUCUCUAUGAUAGAGACAUCUGUCUUCCUUGGCAUGGCAGGAGAUCGUGUCUGUUUUAUUUCUUUAAUAGUGAUUGUAGCUGUAGAUAUAGCAAAUAUCAUGUUUGGGGCAAGUCAUGAGUGGAUCUGAGGCUGGCAUAAGGUUCAAGUUCGUUUCCUCCCUACACCUGGUGAAUGAGUGUCAGUUCCCUGCUUUCCCACGCUCUGCUGUCAGAAGUGGGGAUGAAGUGUUUAAAGCAUCUAAUUGGGAUGGCCAACGAGAGCGGACUCCAGGAUGUAAACCUGUGUUUAUGGGCAUGCCAUAUCCUUAGCAUCACAGAGGUGGUGGGCAAGAUGUUGUCCAUUUUUGGGCUUGUUUUGUUUUUUUAAUAAUAAUUUUGUGUUUUUAAUGCUAUAGUUUGUUUUGUGUGUUCAAUUAUAGAGCUGUUGUAAUACAUUGUUAUGACAUGAGUAGUGAAAUUUUGCUACAGGGUUUUGGUACAUCAGGGAGGGGAAAUCGGUUUGUUCUCUACGUUAUAGAAAUAGUUGUAGUUCUAAUGAAAGCACUGGGCAGAGAAAUUAGCAAUAGUCAUGAGACAUUCUCGAUAGGAUAGAAGGUUGACUCGAGGUAAUAAUGUUAGAGAUGACAUAAUUAAAGGACCACUCUAGGCACCCAGACCACUUCAGCUUAAUGAAGUGGUCUGGGUGCCAGGUCCUUCUAGGGUUAACCCAUUUUUUCAUAAUUAUAGCAGUUUCAGAGAAACUGCUAUAAUUAUGAAUGGGUUAAGCCUUCCCCCUAAUCCUCUAGUGGCUGUCUCAUUGACAGCCGGUAGAGGCGCUUGCGUGCUUCUCACUGUGAUUUUCACAGUGAGAGCACGCCAGCGUCCAUAGGAAAGCAUUAUGAAUUAUGAAUGCUUUCCUAUGAGACCGGCUGAAUGCGCGCAGCUCUUGCCGCGCGUGCGCAUUCAGCCGGCGGGGCGUAACGGAGAGGAGGAGGAGAGCUCCCCGCCCAGCGCUGGAAAAAGGUUAGUUUUAACCCCUUUCCCCCUUCCAUAGCCGGGCGGGAGGGGGACCCUGAGGGUGGGGGCACCCUCAGGGCACUAUAGUGCCAGGAAAACGAGUAUGUUUUCCUGGCACUAUAGUGGUCCUUUAAGAAUUAGAACUUCAUUGCCCUACAUUUUUAAUGUGUAGGGCAGUAUAGAAUGCAGAGUCUGGAGUUGUGUUUUUUUUAAUGGUGAACACCAUAUACAAUGGUCAUUUCACCCAAGCCAUAGGCUAUACAAAUUCUUGAUGGCUAUAGUUACAUAGUUAAUUACAUAGUUUUCUAGGUUGAAGAAAGACUAAAGUCCACCAAGUUCAACCACAAAGUCCAUUUUUAUGCUGUUGAUCCAAAAGAACAAUCAGAUUUAGUCUUGGAUCAACAACCUGUUUACAUACAUAUCAAUUAUAUACUUAAAUAUUUUGUUUAAAAUAAAAAAAUAGACUUGGAUGCUUACUAACUUUGUAGCUUACCUAUGCAUUUUUCUAGUUCUGCAGUAUCCUUUUUUUUUUCAAGAAUGUCCCACGUAUUCAAGGUGGAGUCUUGCUAUUGGUUUAUAAAGACAAGUCUACGAACUAGACAAACUUGGUAGAUACAUGGCUAGGUAACUUUAUAAAGGGACACUCCACGUACCAUAACAACGUACCAUAACAACUUCACUGUAAUUGCGGUUUCAUUGUGCCAAGAGGUCCCUGGUGUCGGCUUACGUUCAGGGGUAAACCAUUACCUACAGAAAAGCCUAGUUUAAAGACAAAUUCUGUCCGGCGUCGGUGUUGUAUGAAAUUUUGUUUGCCCGUGGAACUGUGUUUCGAUCAACAGACCUGCCUCCCUCUUCUGGGUCACUGUUGCUGUUCGGCGAGAUCCUGCAAGGUAAAUAAAGUUCCACUGAGCUUUCCAGCUAGAGACUUUACCAAUGACUGAGAAUUUAAUAUUUCGUUAAGGUGCGUGUUCAAAUUAGGGUUAGAUUUAUAAAAAAUUAUUUAGAGAUUGACACGAAUGUUACAUUUACAAUAAGGUCUAGGGUUAAUUUUAGUCGUACAGAUAGGACAUUUAGGGUCACCUCACUCAACAAUUAUUCUAACCCCAACUCCCAGUGCCGCAGUGAAACCCCUAACUGUAAAGCUUUAAUGUAACGGUAACUUUAGUUACCUUUUAGGACCUCACCAAGCGGCUUCUUCAGCAACAUUGAUCCCGAGGAGGCAGAAGGGACAGCGUUCCAAUGAUUGCUGAUCGCCAAGGGAGAAUACAGUUCCACCAGGAAACGAAUUUCAUUCAACACUCUGCCCUCGAACUUCUUUGUUGAGUUCUGAGGCUUGAUACUGGGAACUGCGAAUAGGCUGAGAUCACCAACUGACACUAUCAGCCUAUCAGUAAAUCCCUAUUCAAAAAAACAUAGUGAGAAAAACACAUACGUUUUUACUCACUGUUUGAGGACUGGGGUUGCAGCGGACAUUCGGGUACACUGUUCAUGGGCAUCAGACAUAAGACUUUGGUGUUAAAAGUUUAACAGCCGGAGACCUCUUUCAAUCCGGUUGAAUUGUAGAAGAUUGUUCCUUGAAUGCUCAAAUCUAUCUCAUGUUAAAUCAGUAUUUAAAACUUGCUAUAGGUCCAUAGUAAGCAAACUCUGCAUUUCCCACAAUGGCCAAUCAACCUCAGAGCCCUAAGAGUUGGUGUUCUAUGAUUUAGCAUUAACUCUGUUAACCAAUACUUUGUAGCAUUUAGCUUUAUAUUUCUGCGGGGCUCAUCAGUUAUCACCUCUUUGCUCUGUAAAUAGAUAUUGUGGCUGGUAGAAGACUUCAGGAGAGAAAGUGCUAUCUGUAGAAGUGUUCUAAAAAUGAGAUGUACCGAGCAUUUUAAAUGGAAAGUAGUUUUCAAUCCUUCCCACCAGAGGGCAGUGGUUAGGUGAGCCCAGAUGUGCUUUAUAAUCUAAGGAAACCAGUUACUGAAAGUGUAAAGGCACAGUAUUAAAUAAAUGGAACUGCUUAUAUUUCCUAUGAUCCCCCAACUAAACUUUGCAGAAUGCUUACAGAGUCAUUAACUGGAUUCUCUCUGGAUGCUAUACACAACGUCAGCAUUGCAGAAUCCAUGUCUGGGAAAGUCAAACACAGAGGCACCUCUUGCCUGUGUAGUGUUUAGUUUUGGGUGGAAAUAAUGUAAUUAAUUGAGUUUGUAGAAUUUUGUAUAAGUAGUGGGGCUAAGGCGUCUCCUUGUGUUAGAGGUUUUGUGAAAUACAUUAAAGGCCUCGGCAGACUUGACUUUCUGUGAUUACCCAAAGCUCUGCUGAACAAAGGAGCAGGAUUCAGUGUCCCUGAGCCAGCUCCUUGUCACCACUAAUAUGAAUGUGGUACCCACAUACUUGCUGGGAAAUAUUAGGGUGUAUACACUAAACACCAGAUUGUGGCAUAUUGAAAGCCACUUUGCAAAUUUAGCCAGAAAGUGACAAUUUGGACAAAUUCCCCACUAUAGUGUAUAGUAACAAUCUCAUUCAGGCUGUGCAGUUCAUGUGAAAACAGGAGGGGGUCUGUUCACCAUGUCCCUAAGAUUAGCUUUAGCCGUUGUCGGCUGCUAUUCCUGAUUUUGGCAAAUAUCUGUAUCGGGCCACUAUUGAUACUGAUAUUGCCGAUAAUGUGAGAGGCGGUGGUGGCCCAGCACUUGCGUGGCUGUCUUAGGGCGCACCGGCUCUGGGGGUGCAACAAUCGUGUGACCAGCAGGAAGAAAUCGCACAGCGCUCACUCAUGCUACUCAGUCGAGUGGAGCAGAGCUGACCAUGGUACAGGAGCUUCAGUUUCCUGAUCCCGGCCGGACUGAUAGAGCACUUCCUGUCAGGAAUCAGAAGCUCCUGUACCGCGGUCCACUCUACUCGGCCAAGCUACAAGACAGGUAAUGAGGCACACAAGGGAGGAGAGAGGACCACUAAGGGGGGGGUGGACACUAAAGGACAGGGAGGGAGAGAAACACUAAGAGAGGGGAGGGGAGAGGACCACAAAAGGACAGGGAGGGGAAGGGAGAGGUACACUAAGGGAUAGGAAAGGGACAGGAAAGGGAGGGGUUCACUAAGGGACUGGGAGGUGAGGUGAAAGAAACACUAAGAGACAGGGAUGGGAGAGGUACACUAAGGGACAGGGAAAUAAGGGGAGAGGUACACGAAUGGACCGGGAAGGGAGUGGAGAGUUACACUAAGGGACAGGUAAGUAAGAGUAACAGUAAAUAUUCUUGUUCAGUCCCGGUCAUUCCUUAGUGUGAAUUAUCUAGACUUCAAAGUGAAGUUGAAAUUUUAUGCACGAAUAGCCAAGUCUUCAACUUUGCUGUUUUGGCCUAUACUUGAAAUUUGGGUUGGAUUCCCAAAAAUUCACACUUUGGUGAAUAACCUUGGAACGUGAGACCACCCAGCCCUUUUUUUAAUACAACCAUCAGUUCUGGUUGUGGUGGGUGUUCUAAUCCUUUCUCUUGCAUCCCUGUUCUCCAUCAUCUAAUAAUCGAACAUUGUGACUAUUGAAGACCACAUACAGGCCAGAGAUUUAUAAGUGGAGCUGUUACCAUGGAAACACAACGAUGUACCUUGGAAUUGCUUGAUAUAAUUCAUGCUCCGUGUUCAGUAAUUCUAUCUUUACAUGUUCUGGUAAUCUGGAAAUUUUAAAACUCUUGUACCCACAGAAAAAUGUUUAUAAAGGUGGUUGAUGAGUUUCUACAGUUGCCACAUAGAUCCUUCAUAGCUCUGUGUGCUGUCCAAUAUCAUUUUUAAGCAUGCAUUUAUAAAUUAUAAUAAUAUAGUAGUUUACCGUGCUAGUGUAAAGGUCUUGCAUCUCCCUCCCAUCCGUAAAUCAAUAGUAUGACCCUUUAACUCUAUUGUAAAUCUAUUGUUCCCCAGCAGGGCUGUUUAUGUCAAACCUUUGUUCUACAUCUGUAAUUUGCUACAUUAAAUCUGACCUAUUACACCAAUCAUUCAUCCCUAGUGCACAUGCUGGCCAUUAUCUUUGUUUUCUUGUUUUGUACCUUCUCUGCCACAUCCUAUUAAACCUAGCUGUCUGUUAUUGAUGUGCGUGACCCUGUUAAUAUAGGGUGUGAUGAGCAGUUUAUUAAUGAAGUACUCUGUAAUUGUGUAAAGACGAGCUGGAAAUAUAUUUGUGUACACACUUGUCUCUCUAGAUAAUCUGGAGUGUCACAAUUAGUCAUUUGUGCUGUACAAUAAUAAACCCCCCGGUUUUCCCUGUCGAUGUAUGUGCGCAGCUGUCUGUAUUUAUAAAGAUUUAUUCUGGGGCCAAUUGGAAUAAUUUGAGUGGUUCCCAUUAAGCCAAUUGAAUGUUCCAGCUGAUCUUGCCACAUUUAGAUGUUUUCCCUAGAAUUGCUCUUUGUACAUGUGGCCCAAAGUGUGGAUAAUGGCUUUUAGAUGAUGAUUGCUUUUUCCAAGAGAGCACUUGUGUAUCUAUCUUCCUAUUCCGACUUGGCCAUUGAUCGAUGCCUUUAAAUAACUAAUAUCAUGUUGUUACAUGUGUUUUUAAAGUAGUUUUCAGUCAUUUUGCUUAAAGAUGAUCUGAUCUUCCACCAAAUAGGUAUUUUUUCUUUUCUUUAUAAAUUUAUGGUUUUAAAGCUAGUGUUUGGUGUUUGAAGCCUAUGUUGGGUCUUCAGUGUAACUGGGAGUUAAGUAUCUUAUUAUGGUAUACUGCAGCCAUGGUGAUAAUUUAUCUAUCCGUACAAGAUGAGUUCUGACAUAUUCCGAUCACGAAGGCCCUGCUGUAUUUUCUGAGUGAAUGUGGCAUUGCAGCAUUGCCAGGGCCACGAUAUCAGAAGUAAUUAUCUUGCAGACUUCUCCUCAAACAGACGCCAUCAUAAACCACGCAGGGUUAUAGGGACAGGGCUAUUACUGCUGUCAAACCCAGCUGGUACCAGCUUUAGUGGCAAGAUGCGACUGCGAGCUACUUUAUAAUCGGCAAUAUCAAAAUAAAUUAAAAAAAAACACAUAUUUGUACAACAAUUGUUUUAUUUUUAUUAUUGCACAUGUCUGUCAGAUCGUGUACCAUUUUUGCUUUCUGAGCUGGAUUCAUUUUCCCACAUUGGCUAAUUUUUUUAAUUAAAAACCUGUAAGCUUUGUUUUGCUUGCUCUCUCUAGGCCCAUGUUCUGUUUGGGCUCAGUUUGUAAUUAAUAAUCUCCGUUUAGGUAGUUGACCUGCAGUAUAGCUUGGCAUCCUAUUAAAAAUAAAGGCUGGCAAAUUGCACUGUUGCUCAGUCUUUGGACCUCUUUCACAUCAAUUUUUAAUUUAUUUUAUUAUUUUAAAUAUAUAUUUAUAAUGUUUGCUUCAUUUUAACAGAACUCAAAUAAGAUAUAUGCUUGCACAUAUGUGAUAUAAUUAUCUACUUGGACUAGAACUACGCCUAAACAGGAAUUGAAAGUCUUCAUAUAAAUUUUCAAUGUCUCUGUGAGGAACAAACUUCAAGUCCCUCCCCCACAUGCAGUCUAUGGAAGCAUGCCUGCUCUAGUUGGGGAGGUUCACUCCCCAUUACAGCAAUGUUACUUUUAUCUAGAAAUUAAUCUAUUUUUCAGAUUGUACAUGUAAAUAUGAAAAAAAAAAUUCUUAAUUUUUUUUUUUUAAUAAUUCUUUAUUUUUGUUGUGCUUAGAAUUACAAACAUGCUUAUACCGCCACGAUAGCUGGUACAAGCCGUUGGAAUAAUAAAAGAUAAACAGUAGCAUGGCAAGCAUUAACAGCACAAAUUGUAUAGGUCAGGUUAGGUAGAACUGGCUAUAACCUUAAUUUCAUCCAGGCUAAUAGUUGUAAAGAGUCAGACAGGUUACGAAAGAUCUGAAACAUUCCAAGACUAAUCAUGUUUUAAUCCUAUGAGGUUAGCUGAGCUUCUGGGGCUGAGUGAGUGUGUGAGCGUAGGUAUGGUGUCUAUGCCUGUUGCCCUGUGCCUUUAGUGGAGCAAGUGAAGUUAUCAGUGGGUUAAGUGGCAUAAUAGCAAGAGGUAUGAUGAGGCAUUGCCAUGUUACAUGCUUUGGAGUUGCGUGUGUGUAUAAAGAGGUUUAUACAUGAGGGUUUCCAGGCAGGUGGGCUUUGCCUCGGAAAGUGAGUGGGUCACAGGCUGUCUGAGAGCGUUAGUAGUGUGAGUAGUAAGGCAUUGCAAGUGUGUGAAACGCAUAUAAUGAGAUUGCUAACUAAAUAAAAACGUUCAUAACAGUGGGUUUCUUUGUAAAGUUCUGCGUUGCCUGUGUAUCUCUGUUGAGGAAGUUGCUGUGCGGCAUGGAUAGCGUCCAUUGCAGCAGAGGUUUUGAGUAUGGACCUCUGUGAGUCCCAACUUGUGAGUUCACUUUUAACCUAUGCCCAGCACAGGGAGAAGUGUCAGAGGUGUUUGGCAGUCCUGCUGGGGGAUUGUUGGGUACAGCGUCACUGGUUCCAGCGGUCGGUUCGCCAGCCCGUCGUUGUGGAGGUCCGCUUUGAUGGCGCAGGUAGGUGGAAUCCCUCUGGGGCUUUCCGCCGUGUCAGGUAAGUACAGAGCUGUGAGGGUAGCUUGCUAGUGUGUGGUCGCUUUAUGGGUCUCUGCUUCAAGCCGGUGUUUGAGCGCGGGAGGGGUAUCCUUCUCCGGUGCCAUUUUGUGGGUCCCCUCAGGCGGGGGCCUGUGCAUCUGCAGUGGGGACUUGCGAGUUCUCCGGCGGGUAUGUGCGCUGGUGCCUUGGCUUGUUGCUCUCUGCUGGCCAGUUUCGCCCAGAAGGCGUCGAGUAGGGCAUCGAGCUUGGUUAAGGUUUGGUACCUGUCUGACGGUUGUGGUUACAUGUGGCGUCAGCCAUCUUGCAGGCCUGUGUAGCAGAGGGCUGCCUGUGCGGCCCCGUUAUCAGCGCUCGUCUUGGCCCCGCUGCCUGGAGAGGUUGAACCGGGAUCACCACCACCGGUCCUGAAGGAGGGAGGGGGUGGCGUAGCUGGUGGUUUGGUGUCUCCGGCGUAGGAGCGAGGAGAGCGGCCGUCUACCCCCAGCUCCAUCUGCCGCCUCGGUUACACGGUUGUGGGAUGCACUCAAAUUUGGUAUCGGGUGAUUCACCGGAGGGCCCCCGACAUGGGUAGCGUAUCCCGGUGUCAUUACAGGCUUGUAAACGGUGAGUUUUUCCCUUUGAAACUGUUUGUUUGGCGGGAGCUUCUCCACCAUGCAACUGCUCCGUUUGCAAGUCAGGCCCAGCCCCCGUUCUUCUUAAUUUUUUAAGUAGACGUGAUUGUAUGCCUAAAUAUGUUUAACUUCUGUUACUUAACCUUUAACUGUUUUGCUGUGUUUUUUUAUAUUUUUCCUCUUCUUCUUUGGAACUGGUAUUAGUAGUUUCGUGCAUGACUUGUGUUGCUUUUUAGAGUGAAGGAUAGGGGAUAAAUAAAUUGUUAGAUUUCCCAGACUCCUUCACUUCUACCCUGCACUAACUAUUUCCUAGCCCCCCACCUCCUUCUAACAUGUUACGCACACCUCUCUACAUCACAGCCGUGUUCUGUUUGGGCUCAGUUUGUAAUUAAUAAUCUCCGUUUAGGUAGCUGAGCUGCUUCCACACAUACCUCCUUAACGGUCUGUCUAUAUAAGGGCCGGGGAAAUGCUGCUGGCUUUUUAGCAGUAGUGACGAUCUCUUCUCAAGAACACCACAUGUAUACACACGUAAACAUAACACUCACAGGCUUACAUUAGCCCAGAUCAGUCGCCAGAACGUGCUGCAAAGGCAUGACAAAUAUAGUCAACUGUAUCAGACCAAGCCUAAAACUGGAAAGAUUAUCCAACCCUAUUCAAAUCUGUUUAUACAGAAAAAAAUUAACUACAUUUUAGCGAGCAGGUACAUUUUGCAUUUUAUUGUUUUGUUUUUAAAAAGUUUUUUUUAAAUUGCUAUUGAUAAUCAGCCAAAGGAUAGUCAAUUCUUUGUUGUUGCUUAUACAAAUCUGGGUAUCCCAGCUAAUAGUCACAUGAACUCAGAGUCUUUGAUUUAAUAAUAACGAAAUCAUCUUUUUGGACUCCUGAUCAGCUGUCACAUUAAAUAGGAGUACUUGAAUAAAAUUGACUACGUCCAAACUUCUGAAAUGGAAACUCUUGCUUUAUUGAGCUGUCCCAAACUAUGCAUUGCUUCCUACAUUUAUGUGUGUGUGUGUGUGUGUGUGUGUGUGUGUGUGUGUGUGUUUUAUUUAUUUAUUUGUAUUUUUUUUUGUGCAUGUUUUUGCUUUAUUUGUUUCUUGGGUUUUGAGUUACACACGCUUUCAAUUUUUUGGUUAUCAAAAUUUUCAAUUUUGCAUGUUUUUGCUGAUUUUUAAGAUAAUACCUUCUGGACCUACUUGUCAAGAAACCAUUGAAAUUGAUCAGGCCCUUCCUUAAUUAUUUGAUUUUAAAACAUGUAGUCGAGUCCACCUCCAAUACAGCCUGACAAUAGUUUUUUGCCAGGACCACCAAUAUAGUUAUGCUCUAACAUCCGUAAAAUAAUUCAGAAGUUGUGAUUUUUACAAUUUCAGCAGGAGUUUGUCUCAUAAUCCCAUACUUGCAUCCCACUCAUUCUGGUUUUCGACAGCCUGGAAAUUGCGGUAGAAAGAACAUUCUAUGAUUCAUUUAAUUAAGCCUCCAGCUUUUAUAUAAAUUCUUCAUCCGUGCCUCUGCUCAGCACCGCUUUCUGGAUUAAUGUGCCAAAGGACUGAUCUUGACUCAAACGUUAAUUGUCCCAGCUUGAGAUAGUGAUGAGACAUUGCUUUUUCCUGAUAAGGCUGCCCUGUAUUGACACACAACAAACUUCUUGAUAUCUAAUAAGAAAGUCAGAUAAUCCCAGGGUUCUAAUACAUUUAAAGUAGUAUCUACAAAAAUAAAGUAUUUGUCACUGCUUUACAAAUUACUAUGUGAAACGAGUAUCUGAUUUGGUCUUUCCAUACAAAGUCCAUUCCAAGAACCGUUCAUCACUUAGGUGUCACUUACAAACAUCCUUCCCAAUACAUCAGGAGACUGUGGCUUUGUUCUGGGAGGUGUCAUUCAACCCUUUUCUUGUUACUUUUUUGUAUUCUGUUUACUUAUUCCCCUCUAGUUAACACAUGUGUGUUUAUAACUAUAUCCUGUAACUGGGCGCUAUCAUCUUGGCUCCCUGUCAGUCAUUAACGCUGUCCUCUGCACCUGGUGGUCAACAUAGAAAAAGCAUACAGAGAAUAGGAGAAAGGAAACAAUGUUUCUAUUUCUCCUCCUUUGCAUUGUGUGCCCUGACUGUGCCUGGACUGGACUGGAUUUUGUUGUACAGUAUUUUACUUUAUAUUUAAAGGACCACAAUAGGCACCCAGACCACUUCAGCUCAAUGAAGUGGUCUGUGUGCCAGGUCCCCCUAAUGAUAACUCUGCAGCUGAAAACAUAGCAGUUUCAGAGAAACUGCUAUGUUUACACUGCAGGGUUAAUCCAGCCUCUAGUGGCUGUCUCUCUGACAGCCACUAGAGGCGAUUUACACUGAGUAAAUCGCACUUAUUUGACGCUGGACGUCCUUACUGAGUCCAGCGUCUAAUGAAAUUUAUGAUUUUAAAAUCAAAUUAUUUUAUAAUUUGUCAGAUCUCUUUUAAAAAUGCUUCUGGAGGAAAAUUCUAGCUAAAGAUAAAAUUUCUAUUUCUAGUACAUUAUAGUCCAAAAGUUAUUCCGCGUGAAAUAGGGCUUCGUUAAGUAGCAUGAGGCCAUAUAGUCAUACAAAAUGUGUAUUUUUGGUAAAUGAAUCCCAUUAAUCCAAGUUAAUUGAACUUGUGCCUGCAGAGAGAACAUGCACAUUUUCACAGCAAAAAUGUUAUAAAAUAAACAUAGAACAUUCAGAAAUAGACCUUAAUCCCAUUAUUAUUGUGCAAGUCGCUAAAAACCUUACCUUAAAGGGUUACUCCAAGCACCAUGACCACUUCAGUGAUCUAAAGUUGUUAUGGUGCUUGAAAUCUGUAUGUGCAUUUUUUUUUUUAUAUGAAACUCUGCGCAUAAUGAGUUUUGUUUGCUGUCAGAGGUGUAACUCCACUCCCGCAGUGUCAUUUACACGUCAGGCUGGCUAAUCCAUUGGCUGAAAGCAAUCAUCUGACGCUGUUAGCCAGUGAAUGACCCGCAGGCUCGGCGCCUGGCUUUUGCAGCUUUGCAGAUGCACAUCACACAGCAUCUGAGAAGGCUAGGCGCCAGGCAGGGACCCAGGUAAGAGGGUAAACUAUUGCAGUUUAAAGGGACACUAUAGUCACCAGAACAACUACAGCUUAUUGAAUUUGUUCUGGUGAGUAGAAUCAUUACCUUCAGGCUCUUUUCAGAGAAAAUGCAGUGUUUACAUUACAGCCUAGUGAUAACAUCACUGGCCACUCCUCAGAUGGGUCUUAGAGAUCCUUCCUGGGUCAUGGCUGCCUAAAAUGCAUCCAAACAUUCAGUAUCUCCUCCCUCUGCAUGCAGACACUGAACUUUCCUCAUAGAGAUUCAUUGAUUCAGUUCAUCUCUGAGGAGAUGCUGAUUGGCCAGGGCUGUGUUUGACUCAUGCUGGCUCUGCCCCUGAUCUGCCUCUUUGUUAGUCACAGCCAAUCCUAUGGGGAAGCACUGUGAUUGGAUCAGGUUGCCACUUCUGAUGAUGUCAGCAGAUUGCUUGUAUUUUUUUUUUUUAGGCAAACAGCAUGCAGAUCUGCAGCUUCAGGCUUGAAUACAGUAAGAUUUUGCUGUAUUUAUGGAGGCAUGAGGGGCACAGGGGGGGUUAGAUGGUGGUUUUAACACUAUAGGGUCAGGAAUACAUGUUUGUGUUCCUGACCGAUCCUUUAAGGGUUUUUUUUGUUUGUUUGUUUUUUUGUUUUUUUAUCAUUUCGGUUAAUAAACACUGAUGUUUAUUAACAAAUACAGGAAUACCUAUAUGCUAUAUAAUGUUAUAUAAAACUAUUUAACUUAAUCAUUCAUUUUUGGAGAACAAGUUAAAGUAGCUGUGUCCCCUCAAACUUGCCUUUCUCCUAUUGUUUCCUCUUCUAUUACACUUUCAGAAAUUAUUUUCUUCAUUUCUGAUCUAUUUCUCUUUAAAACAAGACAAAGUAGGGACUAAUUUUUCUUGUGUAUUUUUCCUACACUUGGCAAAUUGUGGAGUAUAAGGCAAGCCCCACUUCCUUUCUCAAUUAACAAAGCUAAUUGAGCUUGCCUUAAGCACCAUCCUUUCUCAAGAUUGGCAAGCGUAGGAAAAAUACAGUUCUUACUUUGUCUCGUUUUAAAGAGAAAUAGAUCAGAAAUGAAGUAAAGUAAAACUGGUUCUAGAAGAGAAAGGGAUACAAUAGGAGAAACUGCUAUGUUUACACUAAGGUUAAUCCAGCCUCUAGUGGCUGUCUCACUGACAGCCGCUAGAGGCGCUUCCGGGCUUCUCACUGUGAAAAUCACAGUGAGCAGACGCUGGACGUGCAUAGGAAAGCAUUGAGGGAGCCCGGCGCUGGAGAAAGGUAAGAGUUUAACCCCUUCAGCAUGGUGGGUGGGGGGGACCUAAAGACCCUAUAGUGCCAGGAAAAAGAGUUUGUUUUCCUGGCACUAUAGUGGUCCUUUAAGGGAUUUCUUUUUUUGUUAAAGAAUACCAAAUUUGAGCCAAUCUGGCCCUCGAUUAUCCUGUUUUUUUUUUUGUUUUUUGUUUUUUUUUUAAGGACUAUAACAUGGUCAGUCUUAGUUGGCACGCAAUUCUAUGGAUAGCCGUAUAGGCCUCUACACAAGUGCAUAUAUGGAGUAACCGCUGUCUCCAUAAAUUGCUUUACACAGUCUGUUACAUACACCAGCUGCUUAGGCCCCUGGAUCUGCUUGGGGAUAACCCCAUUCUAUACCCAUCCAUUAAAGCAUGGAAGUUCGUCAGACUUCAAGUAGGAUUAAGUUAGCAAUAUUCAUCCUUUUGUUCUUUAGCCAUUCUUUCAAUAUAAUGUUUGUGUAAUUGACUUCAUAAAUCUCUUCUCGCACUUUGAUGACUGUUUUGACAAAUACUCGACUGUGAACUUAUCCAUUUACUUUCAACAAGCAAGCUAUGCUGGGAACUUCAAUUCUGCCACUUCCAAUAAUCCUACAUAAGGAGACAGCACUUUACAUGGUCGUUCAGUACUCUGUAGAAACCUGUUAUAAGCUUUUGGAGGGUUACAUUUAUUCCACAUUGUACGUUUUUGAAGAUGGGUAUCUUUGGUAGAUUUGUACUCCCUAUCAUAAUGUAUGUGGCAUUAUACCCAUGAGCUGGGUUGUCACCGCCAAGUCCCCUUUCCACUAUGUGUUUAAAGCUCAGAGUGAUUAAAGCCUUUUGCCGUUCUAGAUCACUGUCUAACCCAAACACCAACUGAAACUUUGUGAAGGGUGAAGAAUAACUGAUUUUAUUGUCACCUUUUUAUACCUGGGCUCUCAACAGGGAGAACAAAAAAAUUGCAACAUACCCGGAACCUUGGGGUGUGUGUGUGCCUAAGCUGAUCAUUUAACUAGCAACCGGGAUGGCUUGGGAUUACAAAAACAGAGAAACAGGGCUGGAGGUAGUGAAUAGUAGUGAUAUUGCUCUUUAAGGAGAAGGAGGUGGUUGGGAGACAUGUACCAGUCCUAGGUGACCAGACAGUCUGUUAGAACGUAUAUCAGCAGUCUCCCAGGUAACAGCACUGGAUAUGGUCUGUUUGACAUGGAGCCGUGUUUAUAAAUUUAGUGCUCUUGCUGUAUAGAUGUAUCUCUGUAAUGGGCAUACUUAUCAUUUUACAGGCUAGGUUUUGAAUUGAUGAGAUACAGUAAGUAGUCAUGUUACAGUGAAAGAUUAUAUAAAUAGUAGGUAUAGAAAGAUUUUCAGGGUUAUUUACUAGAGUGAAUUUCAAAUUUAAGGCCAAAAUAGUUGAACUGGAAACUCAGCUAUUUUUCCAGCUGGUCUAUUUUGGCCUUAAAUCUGAAAUUCAAUUUGACUUGUCCAAACAUUCUUGCUUUAGUGACUAACUUUGUUUGUGUUGGGAACAAGUGAUAUGCUGAACGAAUGGGCAGAUGUUCUCAGCCUGUCACUGAAUGCCAUUUGAGAGGAAUACUUUAGAAACAUAAGUAUGUGUCUAAACAUUGUUCUUAACGGGCCGCCUUUCACAAACGCCCAAGUCAAAAUCCUCCUUACUAGUGCUGGAGUAGGUGGCAGAGCCGGAACUGAUGGUUCCCUGAAGGACAGGUUUCUGGUUAAACUAUUCCAAACAUAUGUUUAACCCCAUAAAGCAAGGAAGACAUUUCCCAAGAGCUCCAGCUCAAAUAACAUCUUCAUUGAGAUGAAGUUGUUAUGGGGUCUUGAGUGUUCCUUUGUUUUUUUUUUUUGUUUUUUGUUUGUUUGUUUUUUGUGUGUAAAUUUCUGUUUAUUGUGAAAUUUUUCAUAACUUGUGAUAAGUCAGAUAAUUUUUAUCAACAUGACAGUUAUAUAACAGUGUAGGGGUACACACAGGUACCCAGUAAGGUCAUGUAAUGCAGUGAUCAGUUGAGACUUGCAUGUCCCGGCAAGUAUGCACGCAGGUACCCACAUAUUAAGCAGUUAAUGCCAUAACCUGGCAAUUAUCUUGAGUCACCCUGGGACAAGUGCCACUCUCCUCUGUUAACCGUAGCACAUGUGGUGGAGUCAAACUGGGUGAGACCGAAGUGCAUUGGCCCACUGACACUGGGCUGCCUCCGUGAAGGCCAGCAAGUUCAUAUCACCAUGCUGAUCCAUUUACGUGGAUGCCCCUAGAACUCAAGACCAUAGUAACAAACAGAAGAAGGUAUCUAUAAAGUCGGGGAAGGUAUACAUAUCAAGCCAUCAGGACAACUCCAUUGUUGCCCUCCACCCGUUCCCGGGAUGUGGCGGGGGCCAAGCCGUUGGGAAGUGGGGAUUAAAAGAGGAAGUAGAGAGAUAAGGAGAGAAGAAGGAAAACAAAGAAAAGAGGAGAAAAUGUAUGUUGUGUGCACCUGUUUACGAAAGAUAAGGUACAGCUAAUACUGCUUUUAUUAAACGUCUAAAUGUCCCUGCUGGCAGGAUGCUUUGAAGGUAUCUGUAACAUUCAUUUUCUCUGUGUACUAAUCAAUGAUGCAGACAAGCUCUAAUUUCAGCUGUUGACGAAAUUCCUAAACGUCUUGUAGAAAAACUCCCAAUAUGUUUUUUAUAGUCUUAAGGAAAACAAUGAAUCAUGGGAGAUGUAGUCCUAGACAAUCUGAGUUGUUCCUGUUCCUCACCCCUGUGUUAAAAUGAAGUUUCUGCUUAUGGCUGUAUAAAAUUAAAUCAACUGCAGACGUCUGACUUGGACGAAGUGACAGGUGCUUGUUAAAUCCUUAAUCUGAAUUUAGUGAUUAACGCUAUUUAGAGCAUUUAAGCGAGCGCCCUUUCCUUCCUUCCUCACGCUAACUGCUAUUGUCGGGCUUCUUGCUGCUUGUUUUAUUGAUACUUAUCACAAUCACAUGCAGGAGGUAAUUAAUGACAUUAGCUUGUAAAAUGUAUCACUGGGAUUAAAGGGAUUGAAUUUAACAUGCCCACUCUUAGGGUUAUACAUUAAAGUGUGAAUUGUUGGAAAUUCAGAGUAUAUGUCAAAAUAGCCAAGUUGUAGAAAACCUCCAAGUCUGCUAUGACUUCAGAUUUGCUUUUUUGGCCUAAACUUUGUAAGCAAAUUUAAAUUCUUAACAAUCCACUAUUUAGUCUUUUUAGUAACACACACACACAGCACAGGUUGUAAAGGGUUAAAUAAUCCUUUAAUUCACUUAUCCGAUUCCAGCACUGGGUCACGCACCACCUCUUCAAACAUCAGCCAAUAAAGGGGACCAAUUGCAUAUGCACCGCCAUUGCCUCAAUGCUCUUCUGAGGGGUCAUCAUCUAGAGUAUGAGGAUGUCCAGUGUCAUUUCACGGUGUCAAACCAUAUCCAAUUGCUUUAAUAAGUCUCUCUAAUGUCUAUAUACACUUGGGUAUCAUACAGAAUCCAAGCAUUGAUUUGAUAAGCUCCUCUAUCUGACACUUUGCACUCUCUCUCAUGUUGAAUAAUUUUGUCUUUACAGCUGCGAUGAACUUGGCCAAACUGAAGCUCUUCAGACAUUACUAUGUCAUGGUGAGUCAGAUAAUGAGGUCUCGCUUCUUCCUGGAACCUUGUGUCUCUAUUAAUUCAACCAUUUAGUCACUGUAGAGGAGUUCAGUAACAAGCAACUUUUUAAAAUUGUAAACUGUGUCGUGGCUUUGGGAGCGUCUCUCAGAGCCACAUUAAACAGGCUAGGUCAAACCUCACUGUCACAGGUGCAAUUCCUGGUUGGCCAACUCAGCUUUUCAUCCUUCUGUAGUCAAACCAUGAGCACCAUUAAGUUGGGCAAACAUAAUUAUUUCUGUUACUAUAGAGAUUGCUUCACCUUAUAACCCUUUUCCUCAGAGCCGGUUCUUAUACACAUGGACUGCGGUCUUGCCCAAGGUUCUGGACAACAAUGGGACCAUAAUAUACCUGGAUUAGGGUUCCAAUUUUUUGUUUUGCUACUACCUCUUUACCUUGCUGGGUAGUACCUGGAAAGUAUGUAGUAUUCAUGUACUGCAGGAGAGAAACCAAUUAUCUAUUCACUAGUUUUUGUUUGUAUUUCCCCUUGAAUAGAUUUUACUACAUACGCCCUUUUUAUGUUCUGACCAUCAGCACAUAGACGCAAUCUCUGCCCAAAGACAAUAGUGGCAAUCCUGCUCGUGAUGGGCAUUUUAGACUAUCACAAGGGAUAAAAGGGGGUGCUGGUACUUUUAGGGUUUCAUCCUGCUGGCCCUUGAUUAAUGAGAGGGGCAGAGAAAGUUAAAAAAGACUUUCUCCAAUGCACUGCAGAUUUCUCCCAGGUCUUAAAACGGUGCAGCCCUGAGUCGAUGCAGUGGUUAUUGCCCGCUGAUAAAUGAGGAUGGCUAGUUGGCUGCUGCAGUAAUUGCAUUAGAGUGAUCUAUCACAGAGAUGGCCCUGGGUGCUUGAAAUGCAGACAUAAUAACCUGCAGCUCACACAGCAAUCUAUUAAGUGGUGCCAUAAAUUCCUCUCAGCGAGAUUAAUCCCAGAUCUACCAGAUGACAUGUGCUUCACUAAAAUGGCCAGGCUCUGUCAGGCAGGAAUAUGCAGGGCUGCCAGGGCAAUCAGAUGCCACCCAACACACAGCAGAAGGGCCAAACAAUUCCCUCUCUCUCCAUCUCUCUCUCUCCAUCUCUCCCUCUCUCUCCAUCUCCUCCCCCCCUCUCUCUCAUCUCCCCCCUCUCUCUCUCUCCAUCUCCCCCUCUCUUCCCCUUCUCUCUCCCCUAUCUCUUUCCCCCAUUCUACUCCCUCUCCCCUCGCUCUCUCUCCUCCCCCCAUAUUUUGUUACAUUUCGCCUCAUCGUUGUCUAGGUUCUGGCCUUGCAUAUGAGUCAUCUGAAGUACAACUAGCAUUUUAUUAGAUAUAUAGAUAUAUAUUCUAUAACUGUUCUGCUGUGAGUGAUGCUUUCUUUACAGCAAGCAAAGUGUUGUGUUGGGUUUUCACAUAGUUUUGUGUACAUGAUUUUGCAUACGAUAGUUUCUCUUCUCCUGCUCUAUCUGUUUUGUGCAUUUGAUAACUAAAUGAAAGGGCCGACUCAUUCUGUCCCAGAGUAAACUCAUUGUGGUCCAUCUCAAUUCUAGUAAUAAGAUUUUGUGCUGUGUCCAAUUUGAAAUCAAUCAGGGCUCAAAUUGCAGGUGUUAGCCUAGCCGAGCAAUUAAAGCAGCAACAACACGACUUCUGAUACCAAGUGCUCCUCCUUGUGUAUGUUGGUUUAAUGUCACCAAUGCAUUCAUAUCCAGGGUAUUACUCUUUAAAGUACAACCUUUUAAAAAUCCUUAAUUGGAAUGCAAGUGCCAAACGAUUUUUCCAAAACCUAAUCAGAAAACCAUUUUAAAAUUAUUAUUUUUUUACCUUGUAACGCAGACACAUCCAUGUUUUAAUUACCAGCUUCGUUGUUGACUUUUUACAAAUCCAUAUCUGUAGUGUGAGUUCCUUUGUGGAAGUAACGCGUGCAAAUGUUACUUUUCUAAUCCUCAGAUUGUCUGCUUCAUUUAUUUCACUCGGAUCAUCGCAAUUCUCAUCAAGGUUGCUGUCCCAUUCAAGUGGAAGUGGAUGUACCAGGUAAGUUUGCUACAAUUCCUGUUUUUUUUUUUUUUAAAUAACAGUUUGAUCAUCUCUUCUUGUAGUAAGAGUUGCUUGUAUUCAAUCUCCGUAAAUAUAUAGAUAACACAUAGGGGUCACAUACCAUCAAUAUUUUUCUUUUGUGGCAAAGCAGUUCCGUCCACUUUGUCCGUGGUAAAAUAAAUGAGCCAUACGUAAAUGUCAUGGUCAGCUUACUGAGAAACAUACGGCGGGCAGUUUAUUUUAAUUUACUUAUCGUGCUAAAGAAUCACUAGGUUAAAACUUUAGAUCUCAACUUGGGAAUGUACUAUGCCUGCCAGACUAUCAAUAUUAUCCUCUGUCAGUACUCCCACCUCUAAUGCUCGCCUCCAAGAUUUCUCCAGGGCUGCACCUCCUCUGUGGAACUCUUCCCUUCUCCGUAACUUUCACCCAGUCUCCCUUCAUUCAAAAAUCAUUAAAAACUCACGUCUUCAAGAAAGCAUAUCAAUUAAACUGUUUUAUCCCCCACCCCUCAUGACUCCUCUCCUGCAACUGUCAAGAUUACCUACUAAACCUUCAGUGAAUACUUUUCUAACAACCUACCUCGUACCCCUACUUUUACCCUUUGUGUCACUAUACCCCACUCCCUCUAUAAUGUAAGCUCAUUGAGCAGGGCCCUCCACUUCUUUGUUCCUGUACGUCCAGUUGUCUGGUUACAAUUACAUGUCUGUUAGUCCACACAUUGUACAGCGCUACGGAAUCUGAUGGCACUAUAUAAAUAAUAAAAUAUUUAAAUUAUUCUUUCACAUGGCAGUUAUAAUGUAUGAUUUGCUAUCAAUUUGACUUUUUUUUUUUUUGGUGUGUAUAGUCAAAAUAAUAUACUAAAAGGGGAGUUUUCUUUGCAGCUUCUGGAUGAAGUGGCCACGUUUGUAUUCUUUGUAUUGACCGGUUACAAAUUCCGCCCAGCAUCUGACAACCCCUACUUGCAGCUUCCUCAGGAUGAAGAUGCAGAUGAUUUGGAAAUGGAGGCAGUGUAAGUAUUUGCAUUUUGGUUAAAAUGUGUUUCCGUAUAUGCACUGUGCUACUAGAAUCAAUAGUAAAUGUAAUGAUGAUGCGAUUGUUUAAAUAUUGCAGUUAAACGAAGAGCAAUGUAAUGUUUGAAUACCUACGCAUAACCUAAAUGCCCACUGUACAUCUGUCGCUAGAGUGGUGUUGGUGUGCAUGAAUCUUUCUAAGUUACCCUAAGCACCUUAACCAUUUCAGCUCAUUGUGAAAUGGUUAAAGUAACUUAAAGGGACACUUCAUUGUCAAAAACAUAAUAAUUAGCAAAUUACUGUUUAGUAGAUAUACCCCAAAUGAGGUACAUCUAGAAACCUCAUGUAAAAGCUGCAGAUCUAUUGUCUGCCUUUGCGGGCCCUUUCCUUCUUUUCCAGGCUAGACUUUCUGUGGCGGUCCAAUCACAGACUUCCAAAUGCAGCUCAAGAAGUUUUGGCAAGGCAGGUUCUCCGGGAAAUGUCUGCCUCUUGAAUAUAGCUCAACUGAGUUACCUAAACCAGGAAGUAACAGAACCUGUUGUCUGCUUGACACUCAGGGUGGGUGUAACAUGAUUUAUUUAUAAAAGUGACAAUUUCUAUUGAAAUCUGCACUUUUUGUAAAAUAAAAAUAAGAGGACACGCUCUUCAUACAUAAAGCAUUUCAGCAAGCUAAAGUGCCUUAGGGGUCUGGAGUUUUUAAUUAUGGUAUUGCAGAACUAGAUAACGUGCAGAGGUGGGCUACAAAAUUUGUAAGGGGCAUGGAAAACAUUAGUUAUGAGGAAAAUCUAGAAAAGCUGAAUUUUUUUUUUCUUUAGUAAAAAAAAAAAGUUGCUGGUGGGUAUAAUAGCACUAUACAAAUUAGGGGUGUGGUUUUAUUUAUUUUUUAUAUACAAAAUUGACUUGUCCAUGGGACUAAAGCAAUAGCCCAAUCUACUUGUCUGUCCUGACAACCUACUUGUCCUGACAAAAAAAAAAUGUAAUUUACAAAGAUACAAAAAAGAUGUGGGCCCCUGCGUGAACAUUGAUGGCUAUUUUCAAAUUGUGAACUUUCACAAAUUAAAAUCCGAAUGGAUGCAUGGAGUCAAAAAUAGCAAAUUUGGAAAAACGUUCUAACACUCCUAUAGUCACAACACUGCUAUUUUUGCCUCUGUUUUGUCAUUUGGAUUUAUUUUGCAAAGAUUCAGGGUAAUUCACAAAACUCUGAUUUUCUCAUCCUGUGCCCUCCCAUAGCAUCCGGGUGUGCUUGGUGUGUGCUGGCUGUAUUGAAGUUGUGUAUUAUGUCCUAGCUGUAUUUAGCAGUGUAUUUGUGAUAUGGGCUAACUGUAUGUAUUGUGUGUGUGUGUGUUGUGUGCUGGCUGUACCUAAUGUAUUCUGUGUGGUGUGUGCUGACUGUAUUUAAUGUGUGUGUUUGUGUGUAAUUUAAGAGAAAUAACCCAGCGAGUCUACAUAGGGCAGUAUUGCAAUACCUGUUAAUGUACUACUAGUAUAGGUGACUGCACACACAGCAGGGGGGAUUGUGGGAACUUUUAUUCCAUGCCUUUCCUCUGUACCCAGGAACUGUGGGCUUUUUGUAUCCUGAACGCCCCAGAUAAAAUGCUCCCCUUCCCCGUAGCUGCCUCUGUCAUGCACUCAGUGAGUGUGUGCUGGGAAUCCCCAUGUGAUUACUGAGGUCUACACAUGGCGUAUGUGUGUAGACCUAAUUUCAUUAGCAGGAAUAUACAACAGUCAAGAGGUCACCCAUUGAGACUAAAAGAAAGGCGUUUUUGCUUACAGAAAAUGAAAGGGUUCUUUACAGUAAGAACAAUAAAGAUGUGGAAUUAUCUAUUUAAAGAGGCUGGAUGUUUUUUUGCAUAAACAGAAUAUUCAAGGAUAUAAUCGAUAUGUAUGUAAACAGUUGUUAAUCCAAGGAGAAAUCUGAUUACCAUUAUGGAAUCAAAAAGGAUUUUUUUCCCUUUUUGUGGAAAAAUUGGAAUUCUUUUGGAUCAACCACAUAAAAGAAUGGUAUUCAAGCUUGAAUUUGAUGGACUUUAGUCUGUUUGUUUUUUUGUUUUUUUUAUCCAACCUAGACAACUAUGUAAUUAACCACACUCUUUUUCUCAUGCCUAAUUUAUCACACUCAAUUAUGCCUGAUCAGACAUUCACGCUUGGUAAUAAUUACCUUGAUAGCAUCAAAUCAGUCAUUAAAGGAAUGUUAAUUCAUAGAAAAGCAUUGGGCGGAUUGAACACGCUUUAAUCACGCUGUGCAUGAUGAUCCCGAUAAGACCUUUGGAAAGUUAUGAUGCUAUUAGUCCUAUGAUCUGUUACUGAUACUGUGUCAUCCCUAAAUCUGUCAACUGUCCUCUUCCACUCUUCCUUCCAACAUGCAAUAGUCAAUCCCAUCCUAAAAAGCCAUCUCUUAAAUCCUACUUCUGCUUCUAACUAGCGCUCCAUAUCACUACUUUCCUUCACACAUCAGAUUUUUGAGCGGCUUGUGUUUACCCAUCUAACUUACUUUCUCAAUACUAACUCUCUCCUUGACCAUCUUUGUUCCUGUUUCUGCUCUUUUCAUUUUACAGAAACUGCUUUUACCAAAGUGACUAUUGACUUAAUCACUGCUAAAUCUAAAGGUCGUUACUCUCUCUUAAUGCUCCUCGACCUCUCUGCUGUCAUUGAUACUUUUACCCACCUUCUUCUUCUUCAAAGCCUCCACAACCUUGGACUCUGGGACAGUGUACUUUCCUGGUUUUCAUCCCAUCUUUUUGGACACUCAUUUAGUGACUCCUUCUCUGAUGCCACCUUCUCCCACUGCCUGUCUUAAUUAGUGCUCCUCAAUGCUCUCACGCCUGCCACCACCAGGUUCAUUUUCCUGACUGGCAGCUACUUCCAUAUCUCAUCCCUUUGCCAUCAUUAUAUUGGCUUUUGUACCCUUUCGAAUUCAAUUCACACUGCUCACACUAACCUACAAAUCCUUCAAUAUCUCCACUCAUCAAUACGUUUCCUCUACAAAUACACUCCUUCUAUCUCACUUUGCUCUGCUAGCAACCUUCUCCUGACAUCUACUCAUUCCCACACUGCCAGAUCUCAUCUGCUGGAUUUUUUUAAGGGCUAUCCCAUUCUUAUCGAUUUCCUUACCCUGUGCCAUCGAACUCUCUCCUAGCCUCCAGUCCUUUAAGAAGUCACUGAAAACAUACCUCUUUUGGAACGCUUACAGUCUUUCGGGAUGUUGCUUCUCUCAUUACAAUUGCCAUGCUCAGGUCUCUCACCUCCAUAGCCCUGCUCACUCUCUCACCUUUGACUGUUUCCUUGUUCUAGUUUAUUUCGACACAGGCAUCUUACCCAUCAGUCAACCCUCUCUUCUGAAAUACUGUUAUUUUUCUGGUGUGUCUUUAUCUGUUCCUCAUAGAUUGUAAGCUCAUUGGAGCAGCGCCCUUUUCAUGUCUCGUCUGGUAAUACUUUCUAUGCCAAUUACUUGUCAAAUAUCCCCAUUCUAUAAUUGCGAAGCGCUGCAGAAUAUUUUGAUGCUUUAUCAUUUUUAAUAAUUUUAAUUGAUCACAAACGGUUUUACAGCAUGCCAGCUUCCACUCUAUAACUUCAAUACCCAGUUCUCGUACUUCCUGUUUAGCUAAAGAUUGUUAAACUGUAAGCAUUUGAGCAUCAUGAGAGUUACAGAUUGGCAGGCUUAGCAAUCAAUGACAAUACCAGGGAUCUGAUACAGGGCAUGACCAAUGUCCCUUUAAUAGAGGAGAUGAGGACAAAAGUUAAGAACCAGACAAAAUUAAAUUAAGGAAUGCAACAAAGUCCCUUAAUUAACCACACUAAUUCUCAUGCCUAAUUAAGUUAAAGGAACUCUAUAGUCACCUAAAUUACUUUAGCUAAAUAAAGCAGUUUUAGUGUAUAGAUCAUUUCACUGCUCAAUUCAUUAUCAUUUAGGAGUUAAAUCACUUUGUUUCUGUUUAUGCAGCCCUAGCCACACCUCCCCUGGCUAUGAGUGACAGAGACUGCAUGAAAAAAACAACUGGUUUCACUUUCAAACAGAUGUAAUUUACCUUAAAUAAUUGUAUCUCAAUCUCUAAAUUGAACUUUAAUCACAUACAGGAGGCUCUUGCAGGGUCUAGCAAGCUAUUAACAUAGCAGGGGAUAAGAAAAUCUUAAUUAAACAGAACUUGCAAUAAAGAAAGCCUAAAUAGGGCUCUCUUUACAGGAAGUGUUUAUGGAAGGCUGUGCAAGUCACAUGCAGGGAGGUGUGACUAGGGUCCAUAAACAAAGGGAUUUAACUCCUAAAUGGCAGAGGAUUGAGCAGUGAGGCUACAGGGGCAUGGUUUAUACACCAAAACUGCUUCAUUAAGCUAAAGUUGUUCAGGUGACUAUAGUGUCCCUUUAAUUAUGCCUGACCAGACACUCACGUCUGGUGAUAACUUAAAGUGAAGCGAUCUCCAUAACAUCAAAUCAGUUAUUAAAGGAAUAUUAAUUUAUAGCGAAGAAUUUUGACACCGAUGCUAAAACAUGAAGACCUUUUUCGAAAUUCAAUGGUCUUAAGUAGGUCUGACAGCCACAAAAGGGUUGCUUGUGGAUAGAUGAAACUUGCUGUUUAUGCACCAAAACCACUGCGUUAAAGGGAUAUCAAUACACCAAAACCACUGCCUUCAGGAGAAAUUACAGGCAUCAAACAGACUUUAGCUUGAUGGAGCUGUUUGGGUGUAUAGAUCAUGCCCCUGCAGUCUCGCUGUUCAAUUCUCUGCCAUUGAGUUAAAUCACUUUUGUUUCUUCUUAUGCAGCCCUAGCCACAUCUCCCCUGGCUGUGACUCAUACAGCUUUCAUGAAAAAGUCAUUUUCAAUCAGAUCUUAACUUGCUUUAGAAGUUUUUUUUAUAUCCUGCUCUGUAAAUUCAGCUUUAAUCACACACAGGAGGUUUUUGCAGGGUCUGGAUGCUAUUAACAGAGCAAGAGAUAACACAUUCUAAAUUAAACAGAAUGUGCAAUAAAGGAAGUUUAAACAUUAGAGCUUACUUUACAUGAAGUGUUCAGGAAGGCUGGGUAAGUCACAUGCAGGGAGCUGGACUAGGGAUUCAUAAACAAAGCGAUGUAAUUCCUAAAUGGCAGAUAAUUGAGCAGUGAGACUGCAGGGACAUGGUUUAUACACCAAGACUGCUUUAUUAAGCUAAAUUUAAUAGUGUCCCUUUAAACUGUAGUGGUUUUGGUGCUUUUAAUCUUCCUUUAAAAUGCAAUAGACUCUAUAUAUUUAAUAUAUGUCUGAUAAGUUGGCACAUUAUUUCACGGCACCAUAAAGUGUCUGCAUUAAGAAGAGUGUUUUUUUUUGUUUUUUUCUCCUUUUCUUCUUUUUCUGCUCCCCACCAGCCCAUACAUCUGUUUUGUGUCCGACCGGUCAGAUGUCCUAGUUUAGUAAGACCAGUCAUGUUUCUCCUAACAUAAAAGCGUCAUUUGAUUCCUGAUUCUCUGCAGCUCCUUUUGUCUAUGGGUUUCACUGUGUUGGUCUGGAAACAAAGUUGUGUGUGUAUAUAUACAGUGGCUGUAGCCAAAUUCUCCUCAAUCCUUAGUAAUGCAAUUUAUUUGCCCUCCUAUGUUUUAUGACUCCAGAUAGUGAAGUCUACUCCCAUUCCUUCCAAAGCGGUCUGAAAUAUUUGUCCCGAUCAACACAAAACUGGGUUCAAAUAUCACGUCUCCUUAACCCCUUAAGGACACACGACGUGUGACAUGUCAUGAUUCCCUUUUAUUCCAGAAGUUUGGUCCUUAAGGGGUUGAAAACCCCCACCAAUACAGUAUCUUACAUUGGGGGUGCCCAAACAGAACUACAACUCCCAUGAUGCUUUGCGUAUCUUUAGAAUGAUAAAUCACCAUGGAAACUGUCGUUUUAAAACAUCUGGGGAUCUACCUUUUAGGCACCCCUAUCUUACAUAGAGCAGAUUAUAUAAUUUGUAACUUCAAAUAAUGUACAAGAUGUUUUUUUGUUUUUUUUCUACUGAUUUAACCUACAAAGUUUCAAUACCGCUAUGUCUUUGACCAGUUGUUGCCAUGUUCAUUAGAUAGGGGAGUGAGCCUCUUUAUCCACUAAUAGAGAUUAUCUCAAUUUUGCAAAAGAUCCCACCUAUAGGGUGUGCAGAGCUGAUGUAGUUCAGGGGGUAGAUAUCCAGCUACAGUAUCUUAGAAUCAUGGCUUAGAUUCCUGGCAAAUUAAACACAGCCUCUAAGUCUUAAUAAAAGGAUGUCAAUAAAAGGAUGGUCAUGAAAUUAUGGAAUAAUAUGUAGACCCCUGGAUGUGUUUGGAAAAAUUUGAACUCUACCUUUCCUUGUUUAAUACUUUGAUAUUAUUUUUCAAGUGUGUGUUGUUUUUUCUCCUCUUUGCAGUAAACCUUGAAUUUUCUGAUUGAUUUUGCCUUGUUAUACCAUAUUCCAUUGACUGACCUUCACUUCAUAUUUUAAACAAUUCACUUCUAACAAGGAAAGGUUCUGAUUUAAAUAGUAAUAACAAAAUCUAUGUAUGCUAAUCCACAAUUAAUGUAAGUGUUCUAAUGCCUAGCCAAUGUUUUUGUUUUAGAGAAGGAUGACAGAUUAACUCUGCAUAGACUAAAAGGGUUUGUUCAGUACACACGUUUGGCCGUGCAAGGACAGGUUACCUAUUGGAUUUAAAGUGGCUCGGUCACCAAAAAAAACCAAAAACAAGUGUUUCAUAAAGUGCAAUUCAUGAAGAUAAAACACAUGUUUAAGCUCGUUAACCAUCAUCUGUCUUUCUUUGUCAUGUCCCAUAAUCUCAGCUGGUUAGAACAGUGUUAAUGUCAUAACUUUAAUUCUGGGAAACUCAGGUCAGACCACCUUGACAGUGCAUGUCCUUGGGCACCCAACGAUAUUCGCCUACCUCAAUUUUUUUGCAGGACCUUCAAAUAUUCUAUAAUUGUAAAACUCUGCAGAAUAUGUUGGCGCUAUAUAAAAUGCUGGUAAUAAUCUUUUGUCACCUUUUUAUCUCUGCACAGAGUAACCACAACAGGGGCAACUUCAGGCGUGAAGAAAAUCAAAAAGAUCAUCAACGGAUCUUCAGAGCCUCGAUCGGAGUGGGAUACAUCAGCAUGAACCGAUACACUCCAACCAACUCAAUUUUAAUUUAUUUUCUACUUCUCUACGUCAGUCGAAACAAGUGGGUCAAAAUUGGACACGGUUAAUGCCUCACUUCCUACUAAAACUAAACUAAAGAAAAAAAAUUUCCUUUACAGAAAGCACCUGUAUGCAAGUGUUUUUGGAUGCUUCGCUCCUCUCCUUUUUUUAUUUAAAAAAAAAAAAAAAGCAUUUUCUUCCACGUGCUGUAAAAGAGAAACUGUUUUUUAGAGCAAGCUGUAGUUACCCACUUUUGGGGUGGGAUUAUUUCCAGCGCCGCAUACAGAGUCUGUUUAUCAUUUCCUCUGUUGCACUUUUUGCAAGAACACUGUUGCACCCCUGCAGAAAAAAACAAAAACAUGUUUCUGAUCACUGAACCUCCUGGUUUUGGGACUGAUUGACUGGAAAAAACAAAACUGUGGGGUUCUAAAUAUGUAGCGAAAUUUCUACAAAUCGGGUUUGUACCUCAACCCAUAAUUCACAAAAACCAGGCAAUGGCUGGAAUUAUCGUAUAUGAGAAUACAGUGACUGCAGUGUUGUACGCUUUGUGGCCCUCCGAUGCACAGCUUAAAAUUGGAUUAGCUUUGCCUGUUUCACCUAUUUUGUGUUUUUUGUUGUUUUCCCCACCCUCCCCUAUUAUUUCUCAGUGAAUAACAUUUUCUCUUCACUUGAAAGAGGAAAACAAAAUCACUGUGUAAAUAUUAAAUUUUCUAGGGAAGCAUAAUUCACACAUAUUAAACGUUUAAAAAUUAUAAAGGAUAUGAAAUAUUUUAACACAAGCUUCUUUCUUGGGGUGAUAUAAGCAGAUAACGUUUUGGGGGGCCUGCGGUCAGAGGUCAAAUAUCUAGUCUAGCUUAAGUUGUUGAGCAAAGCUUUAAGUGAACCUGCCAUCUAACAAAAUCUUUAUAUUCCAAAAUAGGGCAUAAUCAUUUUCCAGUGCAAUGUAUUGAAAGUGUAGUAGAUUCCUAGAUUUUAGUGGGGGCCAGGGGAGGACUGCAUUAUUUUGCUGGAAUCCAUGGCACAUUUAUAAAUGUAUCUGUUUAGUAUGUUGUGAGUCUGUUUAAAUACAAGUUGCAAAGCUUUAAAUGGAUAUGGUUUAAACAGCCUAUCAGGUUUAAGCACAAGAGAUUUCAUAAGCGGAAAAUGUAUUCUGUAAAACUUUUCACGGGAAAAAGUAUUGACAUAGAACAUAUUGGCUCACUUUCGAUGCUCUGUUAUGCCCUACUAUGUUAACUAGAGGUUUAGGUGGGGGUCUUUUUAAUAAUUUAUUUUUCCCCUUUCUACUUUACAAUAAGUCCAACAUGUUAAAUACAUUAUCUUCACUUAGAGCUACAUGCUAUCUGAUUCCUUAUUCUUAUUCCAGCAGAGCCUGUGUUUCUGCUUGCUAUUAUGAUAAUGUAAAGAGGCAUUAGCGCAAGUGGUGAAUGUUUGGAAUGAGAUUGGGUGAUAAGCACAGCUGAGCAUUGUAUGGGUCAGACCACAGAUUCCUUCAUGAGGCUUGCCAACAGAGCACACGAGUUGAUAGCAUAGUCCAUCAAAAAAGCAUGUUUUGAGAUGCAUACCACAAAUAAAAACCUAGACAUGUCAGAUCUGGAACAAGAAGUUCACGGUUAUGGUGACAUAUUUUGGGACAAUGGCCUGGGCUCCAUCUAAACCCUUUUUUUUUUUUUCUUCUGCUUAUUUUUCCAAAUUAUAAAGAGAUCGAAUUUGGGUGAUUUUCCAGGUCCGAGUAAGGGAUUAUGCAAUAACGGAUGGAGAACAUCCAGUAGUUGAAUUUAAUAUCCAUAAUUUAACAUGCAUGACACCCCUUGCCAAAAAAGACUGCAUUGCCCCAGGGGCUCCCAGUAUGUUGUUAAAGUACUUGGCGUAUAGUAAAUGUGGUUAUAACAAGAUCAGAAAGUAUAGAACUUGAAUCUCUAUACAUUGUGCUAAAAUAAUGACCAUCAAUUGUAUGCAUUAUGAGAUAUGUUCAGCUGAAGCUUGUCUUACCUUCUCUAAGAUGGCAGCCAUUGUGAAUGCAAGCAGGUGUCUUGUUCCCUCUCUCCCCAUUCUCUCCCCUCCCUCCCAUUCUCUCCCCUCCCAUCCCAUCCCUCAAAAUGCAUUGGUGCAGUUUGUUACAAUCCUUAGAUAGCUGCUGGUACAUGCAGUGCAUUGUGGGAUGCAAGCAGAUACACUACCCAUGUAGCUGCCAUAUUUUUAGAUAUCCCCGUAAUGUAUCAAUUAUCUUAUAGCUUCAGUAAGUGACGCCAUGCCUCUUUUGCAUUGCUGGAGAUCUCCGGAAUGGGGAACAGCGCAGAAUUGUUUUAGGGAAAGGGGGAAAAAGCCCAUUUUGCUCAACCAUGUUAUUGCUACAUCCUGUAUAUUAGCCUCACUGAUCUAUGGUACUUAAUUCAGUUAAUUCAAGAAUUGCAGGUCAUUGACAGAGAAGUCAAAAUAGAAAAACUAGUGAUGCAGCCAGGUUGUAUAGUUUUUUUAUUUCGACUUCUGUAGCUCAAUUCAUUAGCAAUCUAUUUUUCCUCAAUUCCAAGUUAGCGAAUCUUUAUAAUUCCGUGAACUAGAGCGUCCCAGUAAAAGUGUGCUCCCUAAGAGAAGCAGGUCAACAAAGAGUUUAUUCCAUUAUAUUUUCUUUUGAGGUGUCAAGCAAACUGCUGUUAUCCAUCGCUGUGAUUUGUGUCCAUGUUGCAAUGUUUAUCUAGGGCAGGAUUUGUACCUACCUUUCUCCUACUCUUGCCACGAGCUCAUAUUUUGGAAUAGGCUGUUUUUCAAAAGUCCUUCCAUUGUGUGCUUGCUGUUCGUUUUUUAAAAUUUAUAUUUUAUGUUGUGGUACUAUUUCUUCCAGUAUGAGGUGGUGGUGAUGAGGGUGAUUGCUGCAAUCUAAUAUUGCCAUGCUUGACUUAUCAUAUUAAUAUUCAUUAGGUACUUUGAUGCCUUGGGCAUGGGGGGGAUGGGGUCACUACUGUACCUUUGACCCAAGUAUGGCUGUUUUUAAUGAUGUUACGAAUUCCAGAAGGGGACCUUGAUUUGGUUUAAUUUGAUUUUAGCUUAUGGCUUGCCCCAGUGUUGUUAACCCAUUGGUGUUUGGGUUAUUCUAUGAGUGCACACCUAAUGAGGCAUUGACAUGAAAUCUUAUGAUUAUCAAAGGUACGACUUUGUAGAAGUUUCGUAGAAUGCCAGUGGCUAAACGUAUUGUGUGAAAUGCUUUAGGAUGUGUGUCUACCAUUGCCCUUCACCUAUCUUCCGAUAUCCCAUCUGUCUUAUUAUUUUUAUAUCUAAAUCAAAUAAAGAAGAUGUCAUUUUGUGAAGAGUGCCUGAUCUCAUUUUUAGAUCAGUAGAUAAUACAUGGAGAAUGGUAAAUGUAGCAUAAACCACACAGUCAUACCUCCCAGGCAUCCCAAUUUAGGAGCUAGCGUCUUUAUUUUAAGCCUUAAUUUGUCUGUUCGUCAUGUCCAUCCUAAUUUGCAUAUUUUUCUUCUUUGUAUGCAUGUAUAUCAGAGCCCCAAUAAAACCUACAGUAAUGAGUCUUUACAAUACGGAUAAAUGUUUAGAAAUCAGUCUAUGUAAGCAACACGUUGGUUUUAAAUUAUAUUUCCAAUUACAUAAAUGUUUCAUUGGUCACAAAGUCUCUUAAAAUAACCUAGAAUAACAUUACACCUCUUGACAUACCUUCUAAAACGAAAGUGUCCCUCAACGGGGAUUUGAAAUGUUGGGAGGUACACCAAGUUUCGGAAUGCCAUGGAAGUAAAACUGCAAAAUAUAACAAUGUCUACCCAUUAUGCAUGUCCAAAUGAACACUGGGUCCAACGUUGGUUGGGCAUCUCCCGAUCAUUACAGGUGAUUCACCCGUCUUCUUGCAUGGAGAUCCUGUAAUUCUACUAUUAAUGGUACUUUGUAGUUCGAUGCUCAAAAUUACCAUUGGCAAAUUGUGUCUCUGCCACUGAUGGCGGCUUCUGCUAAGAUGUACCUUUGCACGUCUGUUUAUGCCUAAAUACUUCUCAUACAAAGUUACAUUUUAAACUGAUUUUUCCAUUCUUAAUGCUUAAGCUUUUAACCUCGUCACAGGUCAAGGGUCACUGAUUAAAGUAUACAAAUAUUUUUUAUUUUGUUUUACAAGAAUAUAAUUCAAAUUCUUUUGUGAAUAAAAUGUGUUUUUGCUUCUA